AUGACCUGGCCUCCAAAGCCAACAUCCUCAUGGACCCAGCUGAGAUCCAGGCUACCUCUAUGGAUGAUUUGGAUGAGGAGGAGGAGAGUGGAGCCGCUCAGGUACAGACUAGCUAACGUCUUAUCUUAAAAAUCAUCCACAAAGACAGUGUGCUUGAUUCCACCAUAUUGGGGUUCUCAAGUCUAAAUUCUCCCUUUGGGUACAGCGUUACAAAUCACAUUUUAUUAGUCACAUGCGCAGAAUAUAACAGGUGUAGACUUUACCGUGAAAUGCUUUACUUACGAGCCCAACAAUGCAGAGUUAAAAAGUAAGAAACAAUAUAAUAAUGAGCAAAUAAGGAAAUAGUAACACAAUAAAAUAACAAUGAGGCUAUAUAGGAGUACCAGUACUGAGUCAAUGUGCAGGGGUACCAGGUAGUAAUGAGGCUAUACACAAGAAGUACCAGUACUGAGUCAAUGUGCAGGGGUACCAGGUAGUUGAGGUAAUGCACUACAUGGCCAAAAGUAUGUGGACACCCCUUCAAAUUAGUGGAUUAGUCUAUUUCAGCCACACCCUUGCUGACGGGUGUAUAAAAUCGAGUACACCGCCAUGCAUUCUCCAUAGACAAACAAUGGCAGUAGAAUGGCCCGUACUGAAGUGUUCAGUGACUUUCAACGUGGCACCGUCAUAGGAUGCCACCUUUCCAACAAGUCAGUUUGACAAAUCUCUGCUCUGCUAGACCUGCCCUGGUCAACUGUAAGUGCAGUUAUUGUGAAGUGGAAACGUCUAGGAGCAACAACGGCUCAGCCACGAAGUAAUAGGCCACACAAGCUCACAGAACAGGACUGCCGAGUGCUGAAGCACGUAGUGCGUAAAAAUCAUCUGUCCUCGGUUGCAACACUCACUACCGAGUUCCAAACGGCCUCUGGAAGCAACAUCAGCACAAGAACUGUUCGUGGGGAGCGUCAUGAAAUGGGUUUCCAUGGCCGAGCAGCCACACACAAGCCUAAGAUCACCAUGCGCAAUGCCAGCAUCGGCUGGAGUGGACUCUGGAGCAAUGGAAACGCGUUCUCUGGAGUGAUGAAUCACACUUCACCAUCUGGCAGUCCGACGGACGAAUCUGGGUUUGGCGGAUGCCAGGAGUACGCUACCUGCCCCAAUAGACAGUGACAACUGUAAAGUUUGGUGGAGGAGGAAUAAUGGUCUGGGGCUGUUUUUCAUGGUUCAGGCUACAGCAUACAAUGACAUUCUAGACGAUUCUAAUGCUCCUGUGGCUGAAUGGAAGCAAGUCCCCCGCAAGCAAGGGGGGGGGGGGGGGGGGGGGGGGGGGGGGGGGGGGGGCAACAUACAUGCAUCAGACGUUCAGGGGUCCGUGCUAAUGGAGAAACCCUGCAGCAAUUUCCAACAUCUAUGGUGCAUUCCCAGAGAGUGGGGGUGUUAUAGGCACAAAUGGGACCCUUCCAUAUUUAACGCCCAAUUUUAGAAUGGGUUUCACGAGUCCCGUGUCCCAAUACUUGGCCAAUGUUAGUUUAGGUACUGUAAAAGUGACUAGCCAUCAGGAUAGAUAAUAAUCAGAUAGCAAGCUGUGUGUGGGUGGAGUCCAUGAGUGUUUUUGUGGGUGGAGCCCAAACAGUGGUGGGGGUGGAUCCCGAAAGUGGUGGUGUGUGGGGUGGGUCAAAUUUGUUGUUGUUGUGGUGGUGGAGUUCCAAAUAUUGGUUGGUGAGUCCGUUUGUGUUGUGUGUUGUGGGUGUGUGUGGUGGGUCCAUGAAGUGUGUGUGGUGGGUGGGUUGUGGGGGUGGAGUCCAUGAGUGUGGUGUGUGGGUAUGAUUUGUUGGGUUUUGUGUGGGGUGGAGUCCAGGAGUGUGUGUGUUGGGGUCCAGGGAGUGUGAGUUUUGGGGGUGGUCCAGUAGUUGUGUGUGGUUGGAGUCAGUAAAUGUGUGUGUGGGUGGAGUCAGUAGUGUGUUUGGUGUGUGUGUGUGGGUGGGGUGGAGUCCAGGGGAGUGUGUUGUGUUGGGUGGGUGGAGUCCAUGAGUGUUGUUUGGGUUGGAGUCCAGUGAGUGUUGUUUUGUGUGGUGAGGUCCAGUGAAGUGUGUGUGGAUGUGAUUUGUGUGGUGUGGGUGGAUCCAGUGAGUGUGUUUUGUGGGUGGGGAGUCCAGUGAUGUUUUUGUGUGUGGGGGGGGGAGUCCAGUGAGUGGUGUUGUGUGGUGGAGCCCAGUGGGGGUGGUUGGUGGUGGAGUCCAUGAUGGUGUGUUGUGUGGUGGGUGGAGCCCCAGUGAGUGUGUUUGUGUGUGGGUGGGUUGUGAGUCCAGUGAGUGUGUGUGUGUGGGUGGAGUCCAGUAGUGUGUGUGUGGGUGGAGUCCAUGAGUGUGUGUGUGUGUGGGGUGGUGGAGUCCAGUGAGUGUGGUUGUGGGGGUGUGUGUGAUGGUUGUGUGGGUGGAGUCCCAGUAAAGUGUUGGGGUGUGGGUGGAGUCCAGUGAGUGUUUGUGUGUGUGGUGGGUGGAGUCAAGUGGUGGUUUGUUGGUUGGAGUCCAGUGGAGUGGUGGUGGUGUGGUGUGGGUGGAGUCAAUGGGUGGGGUUUGGUGUGUGUGUGUGGGUGUGGUGGGGUGGUGUGGUCCAGUGAGUGUGUGUGUGCGGGUGGAGUCCAGUGAGUGUGUGUGUGUGGGUGGAGUCCAGUGAGUGUGUGUGUGGGUGGAGUCCAGUGAGUGUGUGUGUGGGUGGAGUCCAGUGGUGGUGUGGGGUGGAGUCCAGUGAUGUGUGUGUUGUGGGGGUGGAGUCCAGUGAGUGUGUGUGUGUGUGUGGGUGGAGUCCAGUGAGUGUGCGUGUGUGUGGGUGGAGUCCAGUGAGUGUGUGUGUGUGUGGGUGGAGUCCAGUGAGUGUGUGUGUGUGUGUGUGGGUGGAGUCCAGUGAGUGUGCAUAGAGCCAGUGCAAAGGAGUCAGUGCAACACACAAAAAAAAGGGGGGGUCAAUGCAAAUAGUCCGGGUAGCUAUUUGAUUAACAGUAUGACUGUAUUUACCACGUGUUUUAACAGUGUCUCUUCCUUUGUUGUUACAGAGGCCUUUUGGAGAGGUGGUGGGUGACCUACUGUAAUUAUACAGUGUUACCAACAUGUCUCUAUGUAUUGUAAUGCAUCAUGUCUCUGUCCUGUAACAGAGGCCUUUCGGAGCGGUGGCUAUGGGUGCUGCCCUGGCCAGACCCAGCUGGCUCAGUUCUCCCACUCUGGGCCGAGCCAAUCGCUUCCUGAGUACCGCUGCUGUCAGCCUCAUGACUCCCAGGCGACCCCUGGCACCCCCGGAGAAGGUCAAAGUUCGCACCCUGGCCGUGGAGCAGAGGACGGAGGAGGACAGUGAGUGUCUUUACCUUGAAUAUACAUGGAGGCGUAUUGAGUGCAGUUCUCUCUUUCCUUUUCUCUCGCACUUUCUCAAUUUCUCGCUCUCUCACUCUAGCGUUCUCUUUCAACCACCACUGUGAAAUAUAGAGUUUAGUCUACAGAUGUAAAGGCUAAAGUAAAGAAAAGGCAUUUGGAUGCCAAUAAUCUGCGGAUGAGUGUGAAAUUCAAUUGGCCACCUCUGGAAGUGGCCUAGUACCUUUUGAGCUAUUAUUACCUGGGCGUUUGGUCAUUUGGACUGGACUGGACUGAACACAGGGUUGGGAACAUGUUCUUCUUUUUCCUUUCUUCCCCGCCUCACCUCCAGUCGAGGGAAGCCAUGGUAACGAUGGCCUGUUGCUGGGGCGACCGUUGGAAGAACCCGACCAUCCAAUCACAGAGAAGUCUCUGCUGGAGAUUCUGGAUGGGAUUGUGAUGAUGUACAACCUGAGCGUUCAUCAACAGCUGGGCAAGGUAAGAGGCUGAGGCGUCCGUCCGCUGGGCAAGGGAACCAUUUCAGAUUAGAAGUGCUCUGUAGGACAAGCUAAGAGGCUGAGGCAUCUGUCCCAAAUGACACACUACUCUGUAUUUAGGGCAUCAUUGGGGCCUGGUCAAAAGUAGUGCAUUAUAAAGGGGAUGGAGGGAUCUGUUGACUGGAAGCCAUUCAAUACGGAACCAUAAUGGAACCAUUGUGUGUUGAGAUUUGAAAUGCUCUCAAGGUAAGAGGCUGAGGCGUCAUUGUGUCCCCUGGAGGCCGUUCAAUAGGACAGGGGGAUGGGGGACCAUUCAAUAGGACAGGGGGACAGGGGACCAUUCAAUAGGACAGUUGAGGGGGACCAUUUCAAUAGGAACAUGGGACAUUAAGGAAGGGGACGGGGACCAUUCAAUAGGACAUGGGGACUGGGGGAACCCAUUCAAUAGGACAAUGGGGACAUGACACCAUUCAAUAGUACAGGGGACGGGGACAUUCAAUAGGACAGGGGACGGGGGCACAAAAAGGUGCCUUCAAUAGGACAGGGGGACCAACGGCGGACCAUUAUAGGAAGGGAAAGGGGGGCCCCUUCAAUAGGACGGGGGACUGGGGAAACCCUUCAAUAGGACAGGGGACGGGGAAACCCUUCAAGGACUGGGACAGGGGAAACCCUUCAAAAAGGACAUGGGGACAGGGGACCAUUCAAUAGGACAGGGGGACGGGGGACCAUUCAAUAGGACAGGGGGACAGGGGACCAUUCAAUAGGACAGGGGGACGGGGGACCAUUCAAUAGGACAGGGGAGGGGAAACCAUUCAAAACGGGGGGACCAUUCCCAAAAGGACAUGGGAACGGACCAUUUAAUGGACAGGGGACGGGGACCAUUCAAUGGACAGGGACGGGGACCAUCAAUAGACAAGGGGACAGGGGACCAUUCAAUAGGACAGGGGGAUAAGAGACCAUUCAAUAGGACAGGGGGACAGGGGACCAUUCAAUGGACAGGGGGACAGGGGACCAUUCAAUAGGACAGGGGGACAGGGGACCAUUCAAUAGGACAGGGGAUAAAGGACCAUUUAAUGGACAGGGGACGGGGACCAUUCAAUAGGACAGGGGAAGGGGGACCAUUCAAUAGACAGGGGACAGGGGCCCAUUCAAUAGGACAAUGGGGAAGGGGACCACAAUGCAUGGGCGGACAAAAUAGCAAAGGGGACGGGGACAUUCAAUAGGACAGGGGGACAGGGGACCAAUUCAAAGGACAUGGGUACAUGGACAUUCAAUAUGACAGGGAUAAGAGACCUUCAAUAGGACAGGGGCGAGGGACCAUCACAUAGGACAGGGCGGGGACCAUUAAUAGGAAUGGGAAGGGCCCAUUCAAUGGGACAGGGGAAAGGGAAGCCAUCAAUGGGACAGGGCGGGACCAUUCAAUAGGACAGAGGGACAGCCAGGGUAACCGUUGUGUACUUCAGCUUGUGAGGUCUCUGUAAGUGAAGUAAUCAACAAAAACAAGGUCACACACAGACCUUGGUUCAUGUACUAUUUGAAAUCCUUUCAAAUAUGUCAUGUGUGCUUUAUUGAGUUGUCCAAUGGGAACCAAUAGAAUAGCCCUAAAUGUUCAAACCCUGCCCAUCUGGCAUUCCAAACUCUAUUUGAACCAAGGGAGGUGUUUAUUUAUUAGGAUCCCCAUUAGCUUUUGCAGAGGCAGCAGCUAUUCUUCCUGGGGUCCACAAGAAACACAAAACAUGACAAGUACCAAAACACUGAUAGACAAGGACAGUCACACAAAUGUAAAAUAUAAAAACUAACAAAACAAAUAAAAUAUGUGUUUGUGUGUCCUCAAUCUAAAUAAAUACUGAUUUAAAAAUAAUAAUAAUACAAACAAUACAACAACAAAAACAAAUGUGUCUGUAUGUGUGUGUGUGUGUGUGUGUGUAUGUUUCUAUGUGUCCCCUCAAUCCCCACCAUUCCAUGAGAUGUUGUUUAAUCUGUUUUUCUAAAGCUCAUUUUGCUGUUUGCUGAGUAAUUGGAGAUGGAAGUGAUUUCCGUGUGAUCAUGGCUCUGUAUAAUAAUGUGCAUUGCGGGGAAUUUGUUUUGGACUUGGGGACUGUGAAGAGACCCCUGGUGGCAUGUCUUGUGGGGUAUGUAUGGGUGUCUGAGCUGAAUGUUAUUUGAUUAUGCAGACUGGCAUGCAUCAUGUUGUUAGUUCUGUAUGUGCAGUUAAAGCCAAGGCGUGCUGCUCUGUUUUGAGCCAGCUGCAGCUUUGCUAGGUCUUUCUUUGCUGCACCUGGCCACAUUACCGGACAGUAAUCAAGACGGGACAAGACCAGAACCUGAAUAACUAGUACAGUUGAUUAUUGUGUAAAAAAAUGCAGAACAUCUUUUUAUAACAGACAUAACCCUCCCCAUCUUCACAACAACUUUGCCAAUAUGAAUUGAAUUGACCAUGUUAACUGGCCAUCCAAUGCUAUACCUAGGAGUUUAUCUCCCUCAACUAGCUCAAUGGUCACACCAUUUAUGCACAACUCCAGUUGAGGUUUAGGUCUUAGAGAAUGUUUUAAACCAAAUACAAUGCUUUUAGUUUUAGAUGUAUUUAAGACCAGUUUAUUAUUAAUCCCCCAUUCUGAUGCAGACUGUAACUCCUUAUUUCGAAUUUCAGUGAGCUCACUGGCUUUGGGUGCGGACAUGUAGAGUGUGGAAUCAUCCGCUUACAUGGUCAUUCUAGCUGUGUGUAAGAGCAAUGGCAAAUCAUUUGUACAAAUAAAGUAACAGCCCAAGGCAACUGCCCUGAGGGACACCGCACUGUACAUACAGUGUAUUCGGAAAGCAUUCAGACCCCUUCACAUUUUCUACAUUUUCUAAGUUAGACUUAUUCUAAAAUUGUUAAAUUGUUUUUUUCCCCUCAUCAAUCUACACACAAUACCCCAUAAUGACAAAGCAUAAACAGGUUUUUAGAAAUGGUAGCAAACGGAAUGUACAUUUACAUAAGUAUUCAGGCCCUUUACUCAGUACUUUGUUGAAGCGCCUUUGGCAGUGAUUACAGCCUCAAGUCUUCUUGGGUAUGACGCUACAAGCUUGGCACACCUGUAUUUGGGGAGUUUUUCCAAUUCUUCUCUGCAGAUCCCCUCAAGCUCUGUCAGGUUGGAUGGGGAGCGUCGCUGCACAGCUAUUUUCAGGUGUCUCCAGAGAUGUUCGAUCGGGUUCAAGUCCGGGCUCUGACUGGGCCACUCAAGGACAUUCAGAGACUUGUUCCGAAGCCACUCAUGCGUUGUCUUGGCUAUGUGCUUAGGGUCGCUGUCCUGUUGGAAGGUGAACCUUUGUCCCAGUCUGAGGUCCUGAGUGCUCUGGAGCAGGUUUUCAUCAAAGAUCUCUCUGUACUGCUCCGGUUAUCUUUCCCUCGAUCCUGACUAGUCUCCCAGUCCGUGCCGCUGAAAAACAUCCCCACAGCAUGAUGCUGCCACCACCAUGCUUCACCGUAGGGAUGGUGCCAGGUUCCCUCCAGAUGUGACACUUGGCAUUCAGGCCAAAUAGUUCAAUCUUGGUUUCAUCAGAGCAGAGAAUCUUGUUUCUCAUGGUCUGAGAGUCCUUCAGGUGCCUUUUGGCAAACUCCAAGCGGGCUGUCGUGCCUUUUACAGAGGAGUGGCUUCCGUCUGGCCACUCUACCAUAAAGGCCUGAUUGGUGGAGUACUGCAGAGAUGGUUGUCCUUCUGGAAGGUUCCCCGAUCUCCACAGAGGAACUCUGGAGCUCUGUCGGAGUGACCAUCAGGUUCUUAGUUACCUCCCUGACCAAGGCCCUUCACCCCCGAUUGCUCAGUUUGGCCGGGCAGCCAUCUCUAGGAAGAGUCUUGGUGGUUCCAAACAUCUUCCAUUUAAGAAUGAUGGAGGCCACUUGUACUUGGGGACCUUCAAUGCUGCAGAAAUGUUUUUGUACCCUUCCCCAGAUAUGUGCUUCAACACAAUCAUGUCUCGGAGCUCUACGGACAAUUCCUUCAACCUCAUGGCUUGGUUUUUGCUCUGACAUGCACUGUCAACUGUGGGACCUUUAUAUAGACAGGUGUGUGCCUUUCCAAAUCAUGUCCAAUCAAUUGAAUUUACCACAGGUGGACUCCAAUCAAGUUGUAGAAACAUCUCAAGGAUGAUCAAUGGAAACAGGAUGCACCUGAGCUCAAUUUCGAGUCUCAUAGCAAAGGGUCUGAAUUCUUAUGUAAAUAAGGUAUUUCUGUUUUUUUUUUUUUUUUUUGUGCAAAAUAUGCUAAAAACCUGUUUUCGCUUUGUCAUUAUGGGGUGUUGUGUAGAUUGAGGAUUUUAUUGUUAUUUGUUUUUAUCAAUUUCUCAGGCUGCUCAACCAAUCAGCUGAGCAGCCUGACUUGUUGGCCACCUCUUUGAACCAAUUGAUCAAUUCAUCAUCAAUCUAAAGGGCUCUGACAGUUAAUUUCUUAACAGGUGCUUGUCAACAAUUGGCAUGAAUGAUUUUACAAAUACUUCCGGUGCUGCAUCUGGAUGCACCUCCUCAUACACAUCAGACGAACGUAAAUAUUUUAAUUAUUCUACAAGAGUCUGGAGAAAACAUUUUGUAUGAUCUCUUAUGAAUUACUUUAGGCCCACCCUUUUGUCACUUUGGCUUUCCUUGUUAUUGCUACAAUGUUAUGGUCCUCUCCUCCUCUUCUUCUUCAUGUAGGGGUCUAUCAUGUGAUCUAUCUGCUGUUCCACAUUCCUCUCUCGUUCUUCAGGAGUGAGUUCCCAAGCCAAAUAGAUUAGUCAUUAAAUCCGUUAUAUCCUCUCAUUGUCAGGAAGCAUAGGAUCCAAGCAUUAAAAAAAAUGACUUUUGGCACAUAUUUCAUGGCACAAAAGUGCAUGGGUCUAGAACUGCUAUAUGAAUGCCAGCUCAACACUUCCUGUCUUCCUCCACGUUACACAUGCACGCACACACGCGUACACGCACCUACACCUACCUCUCGUUCAGUGGAUAGGUACAAGACCUUGGACAACCACCAUUCUGCUAUCGCCUGUUAUUGUCUGAUCAUUUGAGAAAAGUCCAGCACUCUGCAGUUGCCAAUAUCCCUUGUUCUAUUAAAGCCUGUAAGCAUCUGUCUUCAUCAGCUUUUAUAUUGGUAGUGUGCUGGACUGUCUUUUCUCUAAAGUAACAUUUGGGAUUCGUUCCAGAACAAACACGGUGCACUAAAUAGGGAAUAGGGUACUGUUUGGGACGAAACGAAAACCUUGAACAUUUCCUACUAAACUGCGAAGGUCUUUAGAUGUGAGUCCUUUUAGAUAUCUGUUAUUUAUCAUCAUACCUGUCAUCCUCUCUCUUCCCCUCCUUUGUUUAUUUUUUAUUUAACCUUUAUUUAAUUAGGCAAGUCAGUUAAGAACAAAUUCUUAUUUACAAUGACGGCCUACACCGGCCAAACCCGGACGACGCUGGGCCAAUUGUGCGCCGCCCUAUGGGACUCCCAAUCGCGGCCCGGUUGUGAUACAGCCUGAAAAUCGAACCAGGGGGUUUUGGCACUGAUGUGUCCCAGAUGGCACCCCUAUUCCCUAUAUAGUGCACUAAUUUUGGGACCAGCAUAUACUGUUUUAGGUAUUAAAGUGUUUUCUGUAACUUCUUGCCUCAGAAUGGUUGACGAUCAAUAAACUCUAAAGAGAAGGUUGUCUGCUCUUGGCCUUGUCUGUGUCCCAAAUGGCAACCCUUUCCCUAUAUAGUAUAUUAUUAUAUAUAUAUAUAUACAUACUAUUCUAUAGGCCCUGGUCAAAAGUAGUACACCAGUGCCUUCAGAAAGUGUUUAUUCCACAUUUUGUUACAGCCUGAAUUCAAAAUUGAUGAAAUAUAUAUUUUCUCUCACCCAUCUACACACAAUACCCCAUAAUGACAAAGUGAAAACAUGUUUUUACAAAUGUUUGCAAAUUUAUUGAAAAUGAGAUUUCUGCAUUUCAUUUUAAGUAAGUAUUCACACCCCUGAGUCAAUACAUGUUAGUCACCUUUUGGCAUCGAUUUUAAGCUGUUAGUCUUUCCGGGUCCCUUAAGAGCUUUGCACACCAAGGAUAUUUGCACAUUAUUCUUUCUAAAAAUUCUGCAAGUUCUGUCAAGUUGGUUGUUGAUCGUUGCUAGACAGCAAUUUACAAGUCUUGCAAUAGAUUUAACCUGCUUUAAAUGAAAUCUGUAGCUAGGCCUCUCGGGUACGUACACUACCGUUCAAAAGUUUGGGGUCACUUAGAAAUGUCCUUGUUUUCCAUGAAAACAUACAUGAAAUGAGUUUGAAUAGGAAAUAUAGCAAAAUGAAUAGGAAAUGUAGUCAUUGACAAGGUUAGAAAUGUAAUGAUUUCUAAUUGUAGUAAUAAUUGUGUCCUUCAAACUUUGCUUUCAUCAAAGAAUCCUCCAUUUGCAGCAGUUACAGCCUUGCAGACCUUUGGCAUUCUACAGUCGUGGUCAAACGUUUUGAGAAUGACGCAAAUACUAAUUUUCACAAAGUCUGCUGCCUCAGUUUUGAUGAUGGCAAUUUGCAUAUACUCCAGAAUGUCAUGAAGAGUGAUCAGAUGAAUUACAAUUAAUUACAAAGUCCCUCUUUGCCAUGAAAAUGAACUUAAUCCCCCAAAAACACUUCCACUGCAUUUCAGCCCUGCCACAAAAGGACCAGCUGCCAUCAUGUCAGUGAUUCUCUCGUUAACACAGGUGAGAGUGUUGAUGAGGACAAGGCUGGAGAUCACUCUGUCAUGCUGAUUGAGUUAGAAUAACAGACUGGAAGCUUUAAAAGGAGGGUGGUGCUUGAAAUCAUUGUUCUUCUUCUGUUAACCAUGGUUACCUGCAAAGAAAUACGUGCCGUCGUCAUUGCUUUGCACGAAAAAGGGCUUCACAGGCAAGGAUAUUGCUGCUAGUAAGAUUGCACCUAAAUCAACCAUUUAUCGGAUCAUCAAGAACUUCGAGAGAGGUUCAAUUGUUGUGAAGAAGGUGUCAGGGCGCCCAAGAAAGUCCAGCAAGCGCAAGGACCGUCUCUUAAAGUUGAUUCAGCUGCGGGAUCGGGGCACCACCAGUGCUUGCUCAGGAAUGGCAGCAGGCAGGUGCGAGUGCAUCUGCACGCACAGUGAGGCGAAGACUUUUGGAGGAUGGCCUGGUGUCAAGAAGGGCAGCAAAGAAGCCACUUCUCUCCAGGAAAAACAUCAGGGACAGACUGAUAUUCUGCAAAAGGUACAGGGAUUGAACUGCUGAGGACUGGGGAAAAGUAAUUUUCUCUGAUGAAUCCCCUUUCCGAUUGUUUGGGGCGUCCGGAAAACACCUUGUCCGGAGAAGACAAGGUGAGCGCUACCAUCAGUCUUGUGUCAUGCCAACAGUAAAGCAUCCUGAGACCAUUCAUGUGUGGGGUUGCUUCUCAGCCAUGGGAGUGGGCUCACUCACAAUUUUGCCUAAGAACACAGCCAUGAAUAAAGAAUGGUACCAACACAUCCUCAGAGAGCAACUUCUCCCAACCAUCCAAGAACAGUUUGGUGACGAACAAUGCCUUUUCCAGCAUGAUGGAGCACCUUGCCAUAAGGCAAAAGUGAUAACCAAGUGGCUCGGGGAACAAAACAUCGACAUUUUGGGUCCAUGGCCAGGAAACUCCCCAGACCUUAAUCCCAUUGAGAACUUGUGGUCAAUCCUCAAGAGGCGGGUGGACAAACAAAAACCCACAAAUUCUGACAAACUCCAAGCAUUGAUUAUGCAAGAAUGUGCUGCCAUCAUUCAGGAUGUGGCCCAGAAGUUAAUUGACAGCAUGCCAGGGCAGAUUGCAGAGGUCAAAUAUUGACUCUUUGCAUAAACUUAAUGUAAUUGUCAAUAAAAACAUUUGACACUUAUGGAAUGCUUGUAAUUAUACUUCAGUAUACCAUUGUAACAUCUGACAAAAAGAUCUCAUAACACUGAAGCAGCGAACUUUGUGAAGACCAAUACUUGUGUCAUUCUCUGUAGUUGUCAAUUUGUUGAGGUAAUCUGAAGAGAUUUCACCCCAUGUUUCCUGAUGCACCUCCCACAAGUUGGAUUGGCUUAAUACGCACUCCUUACGUACCAUACGGUCAAGCUGCUCCCACAACAGAUCAAUAGGGUUGAGAUCCGGUGACUGUGCUGCCACUCUAUUAUAGACAGAAUACCAGCUGACUGCUUCUUCCCUAAUAGUUAUUGCAUAGUUUGGAGCUGUGCUUUGGGUCAUUGUCCUGUUGUAGGAGUAAAUUGGCUCCAAUCAAGCGCUGUCCAUAGGGAAUGGCAUGGCGUUGCAAAAUGGAGUGAUAGCCUUUCUUCUUCAAGAUCCCUUUUACCCUGUACAAAUCUCCCACAUUACCACCACCAAAGCACCCCCAGACCAUCACAUUGCCUCCACCAUGCUUGACAGAUGGCAUCAAGCACUCCUCCAGCAUCUUUUCAUUUGGUCUGCGUCUCACAAAUGUUUUUCUUUGUGAUCCGAACACCUCAAACUUCGAUUCGUCUGUCCAUAACACUUUUUUCCAAUCUUCCUCUGUCCAGUGUCUGUGUUCUUUUGCCCAGUUUAAUCUAUUAUUUUUAUUGGCCAGUCUGAGAUAUGGCUUUUUCUUUGCAACUCUGCCUAGAAGGUCAGCAUCCCAGAGUCGCCUCUUCACUGUUGACGUUGAGACUGGUGUUUUGCGGGUACUAUUUAAUGAAGCUGGCAGUUGAGGACCUGUGAGGCGUCUGUUUCUCAAACUAGAGACACUAAUGUAUUUGUCCUCUUGCUCAGUUGUGCACCGGGGCCUCCCACUCCUCUUUCUAUUCUGGUUAGAGACAGUUUGGGCUGUUCUGUGAAGGGAGUAGUACACAGCGUUGUACGAGAUCUUCAGUUUCUUGGCAAUUUCUCGCAUGGAAUAGCCUUCAUUUCUCAGAACAAGAAUAGACUGACGAGUUUCAGAAGAAAGUUCUUUGUUUCUGGCCAUUUUGAGCCUGUAAUCGAACCCACAAUUGCUGAUGCUCCAGAUACUCAACUAGUCUCAAGAAGGCCAGUUUUAUUUAUUCUUUAAUCAGCACAACAGUUUUCAGCUGUGCUAACAUAAUUGCAAAAGGGUUUUCUAAUGAUUAAUUAGCCUUAUAAAAUGAUAAAUUUGGGUUAGCAAACACAACGUGCCGUUGGAACACAUGACUGAUGGUUGCUGAUAAUGGCUCUUUGUACUCUUAUGUAGAUAUUCCAUUAAAAAUCAGCCGUUUCCAGCUACAAUAGCCAUUUGCAACAUUAAAAAUAUCUACACUGGAUUUCUGAUCAAUUUUAUGUUAUUUUAAUGGACAAAAAAAUUGCUUUUCUUUCGAAAACAAGAACAUUUCUAAGUGACCCCAAACUUUUGAACGGUAGUGUGUGUGUUUGUGUGUAUGUAUGUAUAUAUAUAUAUAUAUACACACACACACAGUGAGGGGGGGAAAAAGUAUUUGAUCCCCUGCUGAUUUUGUACGUUUGCCCACUGACAAAGAAAUUAUCAGUCUAUAAUUUUAAUGGUAGGUUUAUUUGAAGAGUGAGACACAGAAUAACAACAAAAAAAUCCAGAAGAACGCAUGUAAAAAAUGUUAUAAAUUGAUUUUCAUUUUAAUGAGGGAAAUAAGUAUUUGACCCCUUCUCAAUCAGAAAGAUUUCUGGCUCCCAGGUAUCUUUUAUACAGGUAACGAGCUGAGAUUAGGAGCACACUCUUAAAGGCAGUGCUCCUAAUCUCAGUUUGUUACCUGUAUAAAAGACACCUGUCCACAGAAGCAAUCAAUCAAUCAGAUUCCAAACUCUCCACCAUGGCCAAGACCAAAGAGCUCUCCAAGGAUGUCAGGGACAAGAUUGUAGACCUACACAAGGCUGGAAUGGGUUACAAGACCAUCGCCAAGCAGCUUGGUGAGAAGGGGACAACAGUUGGUGCGAUUAUUCACAAAUGGAAGAAACACAAAAGUACUGUCAAUCUCCCUCGGCCUGGGGCUCCAUGCAAGAUCUCACCUCGUGGAGUUGCAAUGAUUAUGAGAACGGGGAGGAAUCAUCCCAGAACUACACGGGAGGAUCUUGUCAAUGAUCUCAAGGCAGCUGGGACCAUAGUCACCAAGAAAACAAUUGGUAACAAACUACGCCGUGAAGGACUGAAAUCCUGCAGCGCCCACAAGGUCCCCAUGCUCAAGAAAGCACAUAUACAGGCCCGUCUGAAGUUUGCCAAUGAACAUCUGAAUAAUGUGUUGUGGUCAGAUGAGACCAAAAUCGAGGUCUUUGGCAUCAACUCAACUCGCCGUGUUUGGAGGAGGAGGAAUGCUGCCUAUGACCCCAAGAACACCAUCCCCACCGUCAAACAUGGAGGUGAAAACAUUCUGCUUUGGGGGUGUUUUUCUGCUAAGGGGACAGGACAACUUCACGCAACAAAGGGAUGAUGGAUGGGGCCAUGUACCGUCAAAUCUUGGGUGAGAACCUCCUUCCCUCAGCCAGGGCAUUGAAAAUGGGUCGUGGAUGGGUAUUCCAGCAUGACAAUGACCCAAAACACACGGCCAAGGCAACAAAGGAGUGGCUCAAGAAGAAGCACAUUAAGGUCCUGGAGUGGCCUAGCCAGUCUCCAGACCUUAAUCGCAUAGAAAAUCUGUGGAGGGAGCUGAAGGUUUCGAGUUGCCAAACGUCAGCCUCGAAACCUUAAUGACUUGGAGAAGAUCUGCAAAGAGGAGUGGAACAAAAUCCCUCCCGAGAUGUGUGCAAACCUGGUGGCCAACUACAAGAAACGUCUGACCUCUGUGAUUGCCAACAAGGGUUUUGCCACCAAGUACUAAGUCAUGUUUUGCAGAGGGGUCAAAUACUUAUUUCCUUGGUUAAAAUGCAAAUCAAUAUAUAACAUUUUUGACAUGCAUUGUUCUGGAUUUUGUUGUUGUUAUUCUGUCUCUCACUGUUCAAAUAAACCUACCAUUAAAAUUAUAUACUGAUCAUUUCUUUGUCAGUGGGCAAACGUACAAAAUCAGCAGGGGAUCAAAUACUUUUUUCCCUCACUGUGUGUGUGUGUGUAUAUAUAUUAGGGCUGUCAAAAAUAGCGCGUUAACGACGUUAAUUAGUUGUUUGCUGUUAAUUACGUCAAUUUUUUAAACGCAUUUCACGCAUGCGCAGUGUGACAAAUUAUUCAGGUCAGGAAAGUGGUUGGGAGCUAGAGGCGAGAUGGAGCAAGGUGAGCAAAGUGGGCCUAUUGACGGAUUCAAAUAUAAAAAGAAUGAUGAUGGUACAGUUAACAAGUACAAGGUUAUUUGCAAGAUUUGUAAGAAGGAGUUUCAAUUUCACCGGAGCUGUUCAAGCUUGAAGUACCAUGUCAACGCCAAACAUGCGUUUGCUGGGCCGUCAGAUUCAGCAAGUGGUUUGCGCCAGACCACGCUGAAUGUUUGCAGGCAAUUAACAAAAUCAACCUCAGAUAAUUUGAUAUCUAGCCACUCCUGCAACCACUGUUCCCUGUGAACGACUUUUCUCAGUUGCAGGUCACAUUGUGAACAAGAAAAGGUCAGCUUUACUUUCAGAAAAUGUGAACAAGUUAGUUUGCCUCAGCAACUGGCUGAAAGAUGAUGAAGCUCAGUAGAUUUGAAAGGUGAUGUUCAAACAAAAAGACCAGUUUCAGUGCAACAUGUUAUAGUAGUUAGCAACUGGAUUUUUGAGCAACUGGAUUAAAGAAUGGAGGAAAAGGUAAAAGAUUGUUCUUUGGUUUGAUUUAAAAGUUUUAUUGAAAAUGUUUUUUUCCACAGAUGACUCAAAUUGUGCAAAAAUGUGGUAGGUCACUGUUAUGAUUUGACUACAUUUAUUGCUUUCUGUUCAAUUGAAUACUGUAAAUUGUACAUCCUGGUUAAGAGGAAUGCCAAAGAGGAAGUGAUGGAACAUUACAAAGACAAAUAUUAUGGUGUGUAGUAUGUUUCAGCUUGAUUUAAAACACCAUUAUUUGGCUGUGUUAAUAAACAGACAUAAUAUGAAAAUUAUGUAUCUGUGUCCUGUUAUUUAUCUUUUGGUAUGCAUUUCAGAAAAAAAAUGGUUAGGAUUCAGGUGUAAUUGCAAAUAGUGAUUAAUCAUGAUUAAUCCACUGAAAAUUCUGAUUAAUUUGAUUAAAAAUUUUAAUCAUUUGACAGCCCUAAUAUAUAUAUAUAUAUAUAUAUGUAUGUAUGUAUGUAUGUAUGUGUGUGUGUGUGUGUGUGUGUGUGUGUGUAUGUAUGUGUAUCUAUUUAUGUAUGUAUCUAUCUAUCUCUCCCCCUGAAAAUAUUAGAAAUAUAUCUCCCUGAAAGUGUCUGGAAAUUGUUUGGUUGAUGGGGCGAGUAGUUUGGCCAAAUGUGGUCCACUGUCGUGUGAUUUCAGAAUGUAUCACUGAGUACGUUUACAUGCGCACUAAUAAUUAGAUAUUAAACUGAUUAUGGCAGUGGGCAGAUUAUCCAAUAGUCAUAUAAACACCUUACUCUGCUUAUCUUAAUCAAAAUCGAAGUAAGACCUGGUUUUCUGAGCAAUCUUUCGAAUUAUUAGGACAUGUGAACACCUUAAUCGGCGUUCCAGCAGUGUAUUUGAUCUAUGCAUGUGCUAGCCGAGCGAGUCUCCCUCUUUAGCGCGAGUGAAGUGUGUUGGGAACUACUGAAUGAGUCUUAGAAGUAGUUUUCACAUACAAACUUUAUCUGAACUAAGAUCAAAUAUGGUUCCCAAAAAUAACGAGUGGCGCAGUGGUCUAAGGCACUGCAUCGCAGUGCUAGCUGUGCCACUAGAGAUCCUGGUUCGAGUCCAGGCUCUGUCGCAGCCGGCCGCGACCGGGAGACCCAUGGGCGGCGCACAAUUGGUCCAGCGUCGUCCAAGGUAGGGGAGGGUUUGGCCGGCAGGGAUGUGGGUUCGUUUCCCACGGGGGGCCAGUAUGAAAAAAUAAAAAAUAAAAAUAAAAAACAUGUAUGCAUUCACUAACUGUAAGUCGCUCUGGAUAAGAGCGUCUGCUAAAUGACUAAAAUGUAAAAUGUAGAAUGUUUAUUUUGAUUGACGAUUUCCUGCAUUUUCAGAGUCCCCAUCUGGUAGCCUGAUUUCAAAUGUGUCCAUGUUAACAGGAUUAUUAGGGAAAAUCGUUCUUCUUGAAAGCAUGUAAACGUUUUAAUCAAACUAUUAUAUUAAUCUAUCCACAGCAAUUGCAUUAUUGUGUUCAUGUUACCGCGCUCACUCACUCACACUGACCAAUGUCUUGUAGGGAACAGUAGCCUAUAUCUAAUAUCUGGGACAUGACUUUACCCCAUUCCAUAGUAACCCUUAAUAGCGCCGGCACAUCUAAACUCAAUGGCCCAAUUCUGAUCUUUUGCCCAAAUUUAUUGUCAAAAGAUCUGAUCUGAUUGGUCAGAACACCAAUUUGUGGCACAAUGUCAGAAUUGCGCUGCCUGUGUAAACGCAGCCUUUAUCUAGUCUGGUUGACUUCUACUUUUGUUUCGAUAUUAACAGUAGUCUUCAUCCCUGUAGGAAUAUCCUGCGGACAUGAAUGACGUGACACCGUUAGAGGAGGUUGGAGGAGUUGGCUACAGCACCAGACUGGAGUCAAAUAUAAAUGUCAAAUACUUUCAAAAACACUUGACAGUAUUUGAAGUGUGCUUUAUUUUAACUUGGACUUUGCGAAGUUAGGACUGUUUUUAUUGGCUUCACAGAAAUAAUAUAUUGAGCUGUAUUUUAAAAGUACUGUAUUUGCACGCAAAUAAUAUAAAUGUAUGGUCCUCUGUAGCUCAGCUGGUAGAGCACGGCGCUUGUAACGCCAAGGUAGUGGGUUCGAUCCCCGGGACCACCCAUACACAAAAAUGUAUGCACGCAUGACUGUAAGUCGCUUUGGAUAAAAGCGUCUGCUAAAUGGCAUAUUAUUAUUUAUAUUAUAAAUAAAUAAUACAAAUAAAAUAAACAAUACUACAAUAAUAAAUAAUAUAAAUACAAUAAUAAAUAAUAUAAGUACAAUAAUAAACAGUCAAUGUAUAACAUCUAUCUCCUGUGCUGUACUACUAUGGUGAUAUGUGAUUAGCUACCUUUAAGAUUAAUUCACCUAAAAUGUAAGUCGCUCCGGACAAGAGCAUCCUGCUAAAUAACUAAAAUGUGAAUGUAUACGUCACUGAGCCUGUCCUGUACCUUUCCCUUCAGAUGGUGGUGGUGUCGGACGACGUCCAUGAAUACGCUGUGGCGCUGAAGGACACUGAGGAGAAGAUGGCACGCUGCCCAGCAAGAGUAAAAUACACACUCCUCACUAUUUUUAUAUAAAUCUGUUAUUGAACUGUUAUCAGUCUGUAAUGUUUAGUAUCAUAGAGGAUAAGAUGGCAUGCUGCCCCAACCAGAAGAUUACAAAUAUACUCUUUCAAACUGUUGUUAAGUAUAAUAGUUUAAUAGGACUGUAUAAUAGUAUAAUCAACCAUGAAUAUGCUGUGGCUCUGAAGGACACUGAGGUAAAGCACACGCUGCCACAGCAGACUAAAUACACAUUUCAUUUUAUCAAUCUGUUACGUAUCAAUAGUUAUGGGGCUGUGUUUUGGUUGAUCAUUUCACAUGAUUUAACUUUCAUUUUUUGGUGUAGUUCUCAUUUCUGGAAAAGCCUUUAAAUAAAGGUUAAAAUUCUGGUCAUAUGACAUGAUCAACCAAAACACCAGGCCUUAAUCAUAGUCAGUAAAGUCUAUUGCAGUAUAUUAUGUAGUAGUUAAUAGUACUACUAAUAGUACUACUAUCUAUUAUCUUUCAUGCAAUAGGUACAGUAUAAUGGUAGUAUAAACUAUACAAGACCAUAAUUAUUGUAUAACCAAAUAGUCGUAUCAGUGUAAUGUUAUUAUCUAUUGCGUUUAGUAUAAUAGUCAUAUGUCGAUCUAUUGACACGAGCAUGGCAGGACUUUUCUAGUUAAAGGUUCUGCUGUCAAGUCAUAUUGUUCCAGUGGUUAGGGCCGGGUUUACAGUGCAUUCGGAAAGUAUUCGGACUCGUUGACUUUUUCCACAUUUUGUUAUUUUACUGCCUUAUUUUUUAAAAUUGAUUAAAUUGUCGCCCCCCCUCAUCAAUCUACAAACUAUAACCCAUAAUGAAAAAGCAAAAACAGGUUGUCCGAGCUGUGUGCUGGUAGUUUAAACAGACAGCUCGGUACAUUCAGCUUCUUACAAAAACAAGCAGUGAUGAUGUCAAUCUCUCUUCCACUUUGACCCAUGAGAGAUUUUUUUAUUUAUAUAUUUUUUAAAAGUCAUUUAGCAGACGCUCUUAUCCAGAACGACUUACAGUUAGUGAGUACAUACAUUUUUUGUCAUACUGAGAUUGACAUGCAUAUCAUUAAUGUUAGCUCUCCGUGUACUUUUAAGGGCCAGCCGUGCUGCCCUGUUCUGAGCCAACUGCAAUUUUCGUAAGUCCCUCUUUGUGGCACCUGACCACACGACUGAACAGAAGGCAGAGCAGCGCUUUAUGUAGACCGACUUCUCCCCAUCUUAGCUACUGUUGUAUCAAUAUGUUUUGACCAUGACAGUUUACAAUCCAGGGUUACUCCAAGCAGUUUAGUCACCUCAACUUGCUCAAUUUCCACAUUCAUUACGAGAUGUAGUUGAGGUUUAGGGUUUAGUGAAUGAUUUGUCCCAAAUACAAUGCUUUUAGUUUAGGAAAUUAUUAAAGUAGUUGGCAAUAUCAGUGGGUUUUGUGAUAUAUGAGCCAUCUGAUUCAAUGAAUGAUGGAGCCGAGUUUGCCUUUCUUCCAAAAAUGUCAUUUAAGGUGCUCCAAAGCUUUUUACUAUCAUUCUUUAUAUCAUUUAUUUUUGUUUCAUAGCAUAGUUUAUUUUUAUUUAGUUUAGUCACAUGAUUUCUCAGUUUUGCAGUACGUUUGCCAAUAAUUUGGGCUGCUAGACUUAUUUGCCAUACCUUUCGCCUCAUCCCUCUAAGCCAUACCAUUUUUCAAUUCCUCAUCAAUUGAAGGGGAUUUAACUGUUUGAUCGAUGCAAACAGGAUGCACCUGAGCUCAAUUUCGAGUCUCAUAGCAAAGGGUCUGAAUACUUAUGUAAAGAAGGUAUUUCUGUAUUUUUAAUACAUUUUUUAAAAUGUGUGUAAACCUGUUUUUCGCUUCGUCAUUAUGGGGUAUUGUGUGUAGAUUGAUGAUUUUUAUUUAUUGAAUCAAUUUUAAAAUAAGACUAACGUAACAAAAUGUGGAAAAAGUCAAGGGGUCUGAAUACUUUCCGAAUGUACUGUACGUGUACGAUAACGGUCUGAAUGAACAGUCUGCUUUAUUAGAGUGCUUUCUGUGAUGAACAGCGCUAUUAUUAGUCAUGUCUUUUUCUUACACUCUGAACGUGUCCACGUUUUAGAGACCAGACAUCCUGGAGGAGCUGCAGAAGAGUCAGAAGGUGUUUGCUGAGAAGCUGAACCACCUGAGUAGGAGACUGGCCUGGAUCAACGCUACCAUCUACUGCAAGGUAGGAGACUGGCCUGGAUCAACGCUACCAUCUACUGCAAGGUAGGAGACUGGCCUGGAUCAACGCUACCAUCUACUGCAAGGUAGGAGACUGGCCUGGAUCAACGCUACCAUCUACUGCAAGGUAGGAGAGUACCCACAGUACCCAGCACAUCUACUGUAAGGUAGGAGAGUACCCACAGUACCCAGCACAUCUACUGUAAGGUAGGAGAGUACCCACAGUACCCAGCACAUCUACUGUAAGGUAGGAGAGUACCCACAGUACCCAGCACAUCUACUGUAAGGUAGGAGAGUACCCACAGUACCCAGCACAUCUACUGUAAGGUAGGAGAGUACCCACAGUACCCAGCACAUCUACUGUAAGGUAGGAGAGUACCCACAGUACCCAGCACAUCUACUGUAAGGUAGGAGAGUACCCACAGUACCCAGCACAUCUACUGUAAGGUAGGAGAGUACCCACAGUACCCAGCACAUCUACUGUAAGGUAGGAGAGUACCCACAGUACCCAGCACAUCUACUGGAAGGUAGGAGAGUACCCACAGUACCCAGCACAUCUACUGUAAGGUAGGAGAGUACCCACAGUACCCAGCACAUCUACUGUAAGGUAGGAGAGUACACGCACAUCUACUGUAAGGUAGGAGAGUACCCACAGUACCCAGCACAUCUACUGUAAGGUAGGAGAGUACCCACAGUACCCCAGCACAUCUACUGUAAGGUAGGAUAGUACCCACAGUACCCAGCACAUCUACUGGAAGGUAGGAGAGUAGCCCACAGUACCCAGCACAUCUACUGGAAGGUAGGAGAGUAAAAAAACAGCCAAUGAACCCGGUCACGGUCUUCGCUGUUCUGUGUGGAACACGUUGUGUGGCACACAUUGUUCAAGAAAAGCUACAACAUAAAUUACUACUGUACCGUAGGUGUUGUUUUGCUUGUUUAAAACAUCUCCCUCUGUGUUUUAUUCCAGAAGAAGAUCAUUAAAACAUCUCCCUCUGUGUGUUAUUCCAGGAGAAGAUGAUUAAAUCAUUCUCUCUCUGUGUGUUAUUCCAGGAUAAGAUGCUGGAUGUGUACUGGCUACUGAGGGUAUGUAUCCUCACCAUCCAGCACGCUGACAACACAGGAACGUUGUUCGCCUUCACCCCAGAGUUCUACCUCAAUGUGGCCAUGAACAGCUAUAGCGCUCUCAAGAACUACUUCAGCCCCUCCAACUGCAUGGACCAACUGCCAGGUAACCACACGCACGCCCGCCCGCCCGCCUCCUGCCUGCUUUCCUGCCUGCUUUAAGGCUGUGUUUGUGGCCAUGAACAGCUACUUUGUCAGGUGACAACAACACACUAAGGCUGGAGCCCUGUGCCAUUAUACUUCUUUGAUAUGCAGAUGAUAGGCAGCCCUAUUCCAUUAUAAUUCAUUGAUAUGCAGAUGAUAGGCGGCCCUAUUCCAUUAUAAUUAAUUGAUAUGCGGAUUAUAUGCAGACGAUAGUUCUGCAAUAUAACUGCUAGUUUUUCGUCUUCUACUCUGUUUGGCAGUUUUAGUUGUGAUAACUGAAUUUGCAUACACAUUUAAAGAGCAUUAUCAAAUAUGGCUCCUUUUGAGAAUGUAUUAAAUCAACCUGUCAGGAUGGGAAUCGUAAAGGCUGUGAUCUCUCCUCAGUGACAUCUCCUCCUGCUGACAAAGUCACUAUUUAUUUAUCAAUCAUAUUUAUUUAUAGCCAUUUUUCCAUCUGCGAUUGUCACAGAAUGCUUGUACGGUAGCCCGGCCUAGAUCCCUAAAGAGCAAGCAGAAGUACAGUAACCAGGAUGCUGUUUGUCCACUGUGUGAUGUGGUCGUUAAUCUCCCGGUCAAUUGUGUGUCUUUUCCCCAGGCUACGAGGACACCCUCACUCAACUCGCUGCUAUCCUCGCUAAGCACUUUGCUGACCCGCGCAUCGUUGGAACAGGUGAGUGGAAGCAAUCGCAGACAUAUCCAUCAUAUUAUACGCCAUCAUUUCAUUUAUUAGUAGGGGCCUGGAGUUAUACCGAAACACAUUACUGAAGAGAAUCGACCUGACCAUGAAGAACUCUGGUUUCCGAGUUACUAGGCCCUGGAGUUUUGCCUGCUCUCGUCUCAAUUCCUGGCUCUAUUUAUCAAUGCACAACAAGGAGAGAUGAGAAGUGUGUGGGGCUCUGGUUUUCAUCUGUAUAGUUGGUCUUCCGUUUGUCAGCGCCUCACCUAAAGCCUUUAUUUCUGUACCUGUUUAUUAUUAAGAAGAAUACCUGAGAGACUACAUACUGUAGUUCCUGUUUGUUAGCUAACAGGUUUAAGAAGAAGUAGACAGAUUCAUCUCUAGAGCAGCAAUGUGAAUUAGUCACCCAGUCUGCAUCCCAAAUGGCACCCUGUUCCCUACAUAGUGCACUGCUUUUGAACCUAGCUUUAUGGGCCACACACAUCUGUCUAUGCUAUUAACACAAGAGGACAGAGUCAUCUGUUACCAGCUAUUUUAAUGGGAAAUGUAGACUUUAUAUAGCCACCGGUACUGCUAUUUUUCACCAGGAUUAAUUUCUAACUAUAAGCAGAUAAUUAAAAGUUUUUACAAUUGAGCUCCAGGCAGACAGAGUAAAUGAAAGGAAGUGUCUGUUUGAGCUCCAGGCAGACAGAGUAAAUGAAAGGAAGUGUCUGUUUGAGCUCCAGGCAGGAAAUGUCUGUCUGUAUUUUCAGAUUGAGUGUUCAGCAGACCCUGGGUGGGUUCAAAUACUAUUUGAAAUCAUUCAAAUACUUUUGAGUUUUCUCUCUAUCCUGCCUAGUUGCCAAUAGUGCCAGAUGAGUGGGGUUUGUACUUUUUGGACUAUUAUAUUGGUCCAUUAAAGCCGGGUAAACUCAAUCAAGCCCAGAUAAAGGACAGUGAAUUAUUUCAAAUAGUAUUUGAACCCAGGUCUGAUUCAGUAUUCAUUUGAAUAAUGUUAUGUAUCCUGGUGUGUGACACUGAGAAUAGUCUAAUAAUAUAACUCUCUCCAGUCACCUCAGAUACACUUCAGUAUGUGUCCCAAAUGCACCCUAUUCCUUAUAAUAGGGCCCGAAGGUAGUGCGCUAUAUAGUGAAGAGUGCCAUUUCAGACGCACCAUAACUCUAAUCUAACUCUAUUCGUAAGACAUCAGUCAUGUCUUAGAUACACAUCUUAGUAUUUAUACAGUAUGUAAAAAAAAAAUCCAACAGUUAUGGUCAUAUAAAAGCUUCAGUGUUCAUUAUUAUUCUCAGUCACUCAGUGCGUAACAAAUGGCACCCUUUUCUCUAUUAUAGUCCACUACUUUCAACCCAGAACCAUAUGGGCCCAAGUCAAAAGUAGUGCACUAAAUAGGGAAUAAGGUGGCAUUUGGAAGUCAGACAGUGUGUUUGUUUAUUCUCUGGGCUCAGCGUUGCGUAACUCUGCGUUGUUGUUGUUAUGAUUGCAUUUCGAGGGUAAGACGGGAUACAUUCUUCUUAUUUAUGCUCCAUCAUGUUUUUAUUAUUUUAUUUUUAUAGGGGGUAGAUUAGCUUUAAUAUUGCAGAUAGAUUGUAACUUCCAUCAAUGUAAUUGUCUGCAUCACUUCCAAUCCCCCAUAUGUUGUUAUGCUCCGUCAUGUUUGUUUUGGCUUCAUUAGAAUGAGAUUUUUCCCAUCUCACUGUCUCAGAUGGUUUGAUACGUCAAAGGAGUUAUGAAGCUUUCACCUUAUUCAGUUCUCAGGGAUCUGACUGUUAUUGUUUUGGUUCUGAUCCAGUUCAGUUAGCUCUUCUUAAAGGGGAACUGCACCCGCUGAUUUGGCCUCGUUUUUUGGCUUGCUCCUCAAGAAAUGCUGGCAGCCAUGACAGAAGCCAAACGUGAGCUGGCUUGGGGGUGUGGAUGUUUCUUGGGUGUGUCCUUGCCACCACCAAGACACACCCAUCUGUCAGAACCUUGCCCGCAGCGGUUUCCUCCCACUCAAUCACAACAAACAAACCUCCUGCAGGUGGAGCUCAAUAACUACAGGGAGAUGUAUGGUGAGAUGCUGGAGGAAGAUUUGAAUAGGUCAGUAGCCUACAGAGUAAUAUGAGAAGAAUGCAACUGCUGAAUUUAUGUAGAUAUUCUAAACUAAGUGUUUUAAUAACUUUCAAAUGUAGUAACAGGUCCAUGUAGAAUAAACAACCCUUUACAUAACACCAUAGAAGCAGUGUUCUGAUUAUUUAACAAUGUUCACCUUCCAUCUUUCAUUGUGAUUCCCAGCCGAUACAGAUACUGUGACUAUCAACAUUUUGUCUGGUGGUAAUGGGGUUACCUUGGUAACAUGUCAGAGUGGUCAUACCUUCCUGUCUGGUGGUAAUGGGGCUACCUUGGUAACAUGUCAGAGUGGUCAUAACUUCCUGCCUGGUGGUAAUGGGGUUACCUUGGUAACAUGUCAGAGUGGUCAUACCUUCCUGUCUGGUGGUAAUGGGGUUACCUUGGUAACAUGUCAGAGUGGUCAUACCUUCCUGUCUGGUGGUAAUGGGGCUACCUUGGUAACAUGUCAGAGUGGUCAUAACUUCCUGCCUGGUGGUAAUGGGGUUACCUUGGUAACAUGUCAGAGUGGUCAUAACUUCCUGUCUGGUGGUAAUGGGGUUACCUUGGUAACAUGUCGGAGUGGUCAUAACUUCUUGUGUGGUGUCUCGUAUACAACAGGAGUUCCCUGAUCCUGGUGCAGAAUACACAGGGUUUCUCCCUCCCCAUAUUGACUGAUAACAUUCAAUUCAAUAAUAAAAAAGACAAUACAAGUAAAAACUGUCUAGUAAAAUGUUAAUGCCGAGUGUCAGGUCCCUCUCCAUUCAGAGACAUCAGUAUCAAGCCUGUCUGUCAGAGUGCCAGGUCUCUCUCCAUUCAGAGACAUCAGUAUCAAGCCUGUCUGUCAGAGUGCCAGGUCUCUCUCCAUUUAGAGACAUCAGUAUCAAGCCUGUCUGUCAGUGUCAGGUCUCUCUCCAUUCAGAGACAUCAGUAUCAAGCCUGUCUGUCAGAGUGCCAGGUCUCUCUCCAUUUAGAGACAUCAGUAGCAAGCCUGUCUGUCAGAGUGCCAGGUCUCUCUCCAUUCAGAGACAUCAGUAUCAAGCCAGUCUGUCAGAUUACCAGGUCUCUCUCCAUUUAGAGACAUCAGUAUCAAGCGUGUCUGUCAGUGUCAGGUCUCUCUCCAUUCAGAGACAUCAGUAUCAAGCCCGUAUGUCAGUCUGGACUUCAUCACAUCAUCUUGCAAGUCUCCAAGUGCUGGCUCUAUACAGGUAUCUGUGAGAACACACACACAUACAGUGAGGGAAAAAAGUAUUUGAUCCCCUGCUGAUUUUGUACGUUUGCUCACUGACAAAGACAUGAUCAGUCUAUAAUUUUAAUGGUAGGUUUAUUUGAACAGUGAGAGACAGAAUAACAACAACAAAAAAACAGAAAAAUCCAUAUAAAAAAUGUUAUAAAUUGAUUAUCAUUUUAAUGAGGGAAAUAAGUAUUUGACCCCUCUGCAAAACAUGACUUAGUACUUGGUGGUAAAACCCUUUUUGGCAAUCACAGAGGUCAGAUGCUUCUUGUAGUUGGCCACCAGGUUUGCACACAUCUCAGGAGGGAUUUUGUCCCAAUCCUCUUUGCAGAUCUUCUCCAAGUCAUUAAGGUUUCGAGGCUGACGUUUGGCAACUCAAACCUUCAGCUCCCUCCACAGAUUUUCUAUGGGAUUAAGGUCUGGAGACUGGCUAGGCCACUCCAGGACCUUAAUAUGCUUCUUCUUGAGCCACUCCUUUGUUGCCUUGGCCAUGUGUUUUGGGUCAUUGUCAUGCUGGAAUACCCAUCCACGACCCAUUUUCAAUGCCAUGGCUGAGGAAAGGAGGUUCUCACCCAAGAUUUGACGGUACAUGGCCCCGUCCAUCGUCCCUUUGAUGCGGUGAAGUUGUCCUGUCCCCUUAGCAGAAAAACACCCCCAAAGCAUAAUGUUUCCACCUCCAUGUUUGAAGGUGGGGAUGGUGUUCUUGGAGUCAUAGGCAGCAUUCCUCCUCCUCCUCCAAACACGGCGAGUUGAGUUGAUGCCAAAGAGCUCGAUUUUGGUCUCAUCUGACCACAACACUUUCACCCAGUUCUCCUCUGAAUCAUUCAGAUGUUCAUUGGCAAACUUCACAGUCCUGUAUAUGUGCUUUCUUGAGCAGGGGGACCUUGCGGGCGCUGCAGGACUUCAGUCCUUCACGGCGUAGUGUGUUACCAAUUGUUUUCUUGGUGACUAUGGUCCCAGCUGCCUUGAGUUCAUUGACAAGAUCCUCCCGUGUAGUUCUGGGCUGAUUCCUCACCGUUCUCAUGAUCAUUGCAACUCCACAAGGUGAGAUCUUGCAUGGAGCCCCAGGCUGAGGGAGAUUGACAGUUUUGUGUUUCUUCCAUUUGCGAAUAAUUGCACCAACUGUUGUCACCUUCUCACCAAGCUGCUUGGCGAUGGUCUUGUAGCCCAUUCCAGCCUUGUGUAGGUCUACAAUCUUGUCCCUGACAUCCUUGGAGAGCUCUUUGGUCUUGGCCAUGGUGGAGAGUUUGGAAUCUGAUUGAUUGGUUGCUUCUGUGGACCGGUGUCUUUUAUACAGGUAACAAGCUGAGAUUAGGAGCACUCCCUUUAAGAGUGUGCUCCUAAUCUCAGCUCGUUACCUGUAAAAAAGACACCUGGGAGCCAGAAAUCUCCAUGUCGGAGAGUGGAUAAAUCGCCUUCCGUUCUAUUGGUGAACGCGCAAUCAUUGGAGAAUAAAUUUGGACGAGCUCCGUUUGAGACUAUCAACAUGAUCUGAAGAACUGUAAUAUCCUGUUUCACUAGCAGACUGGAAUAUGUUCUGGGAUUCAUCUGAUUACAUUGAGGAGUAUACCACAUCAGUCACCGGCUUCAUUAAUAAGUGCAUCGACGACGUCAUCCCCACAGUGACCGUGCGUACAUAUCCCAACCAGAAGCCAUGGAUUACAGGCAACAUCCGCACUGAGCUAAAGGCUAGAGCUGCCGCUUUCAAGGAGCGGGACACUAAUCCGGACGCUUAUAAGAAAUCCUGCUACGACCCUCCGACGAGCCAUCAAACAGGCAAAGAGUCAAUACAGGACCAAGAUCAAGUCCUUCUAUACCAGCUGACUCUCAUAAAAUACUGUACCUAUCACAUUACACAUGUAAUCCUUAAGUCUAUGGGCGCACCCGUGCAUCAAACUAAGUAACAUAAUGUAAAAAAUCCCAGUCAGUUUAAGAUGGAUAUUAUGGGCUGCGUCUCAAUCAACUGCAUCCGCCUAUGUCGGCCUUCCGGUGGCCGAGUUUAUCAGACCAUGAGACAUCCCGAAUAAGUCUUCUCAAGAAAGAGUAUGUAGCAUCCGAAUUAGAACAAACUAAUAUGACCGCUCUGUGGAGAGGGGGGAGUCCCACGAACACGAUAGUCUUCUCCGUUUUGCUCCACGGACCCCACAAGUGUCACGGUACUCAACUGAAGGUGACCUAUACAAACAAAACAAAGUAUGGAGGUAGUUUUGUGCCAACAACAAAAAAAAGGAGUUUAAUUUGUGUCCAAAAAAACUAAAAUAUUUCCAGAGCUUUCUUAGUUACAUCUCCUGGAUAUAGGAUAGAAACUUCAAAACCUUAUUCCUUAUGAUUUAUUUUUUGACUCUCUUUUGCCAUGUAUGAAUGUGUUAUUCAAUGUGUUCCUAUGGGCUUUAGUAGUAAAUACCAUGUUCUAUAUCUUAUUAUACUUUUUUAUACCUAAAGGGGUCCUAAAAUUCCAAAUCAAAUAGCUAAAUGAUCCAUGGUAUGACCACCUUAAAACAAUUCCAUAUGUUAGCUUAGUGUAAAUUGUAAUCAUUCAGAGAAUGUAUUGAUUGAUCCAGAAGCACAUAGACUGUAAUACAAAAAUAAGCUGACAGUUGCCUGCCCACCUAAUGGCCCGUCCAAACUACACCUAAUGGCCCGUCCAAACUACACCUAAUGGCCCGUCCAAACUACACCUAAUGGCCCGUCCAAACUACACCUAAUGGCCCGUCCAAACUACACCUAAUGGCCCGUCCAAACUACACCUAAUGGCCCGUCCAAACUACACCUAAUGGCCGUCCAAACUACACCUAAUGACCCGUCCAAACUACACCUAAACUUUAUUUAAACUAAUUUCACACAAGACAAUAUUAAAUCACCUGAUGGGUGACAAUCUUAUCAAUUGUCAAAUUUGAGACUGAUGAACAGCACAGCGUGCAUUGACAAAGAAGGGAACUGAGCUUACCAAACAGCACUUAUUCCAAAUCAUCAUACAGAGGUCCAUGCAGGCCAGAUGUUGAUUGCUAUACCCUAUCGGAAAGAGCGGAUUCUGUUUCUAAUGAACCUGUGGUAUUUGGCAAGAUCUCCAAAUUGCGAAGAUUGGCUUUGUUUCAAAAUACAACUUUUUCCUAGAAUCACAAACGCGUUCCUCACUUGGCUACUGGCGGCCAUUUUUAAAGAAUAUCCUUUAUUUUGUUUGGUUAUAUUCUUACUGUAAGAUAUGUGUUUUGGCUGGUAGGGCAGGAUAAUAUGAGUGUGAUGUCUGCUAAAUGAACAAGUUCAUUUCAUUGGCAUGUCACAGCCAUAUAGCCUUGAAUAAGCACAGAUAAAUACAACUCAAAACAUGCUAUUGUCUUCUGUUGAAAUAAAUUGUCUUGAGAUCAUGUUUUUUUUAGGACCUUCCUAUACAAAAUAUUAAUGGAUUUCUUUGGGAUUGUGUUUAUUACAGUAAAUAGACUGGUGGAUACUGGUGCAAAUCAACACCGGGCUAUUCUGCUGUUAAAUAUGCAUAUAUUGUAAUGACCGUCAAGGCGCUUUGAGGUAGAAAUGCAUUAACGAUAUGCAUUAACGAUAAGCCUACGUAAUAAAAGAAAGAUGGCACUUCUAACAUCCUAUUUCACGCCAUAGCUUGCUGAAUUUGCAAUAACCUUUCAUCCAUUUUGAUUUUGGCACAAAUGGAAAUGUGGCAUUGACUCACCCAUGGGUUGAUGGUUCAGCUUUGUCUUAAUGAAGAGUUUGGUGUUCGACAUGCACGCGCAGUUACAAGCCUUCAAGAGUUAGCGGCAGGCGGACGAGCAAUAUCCACCGUUGUAGUACGGAUGAAGCCUGAGCUGGAAAGUGAAGCUAACUGAAGCUGGUUAGCUCUAUAAAACCCUGAGUAGAUCUAGCUUGCUUCGACCUGGAAAGUGAAGCUAACUGAAGCUGGCUAGCUCUAUAAAACCCUGAGUAGAUCUAGCUUGCUUCGACCUGGAAAGUGAAGCUAACUGAAGCUGGCUAGUUCUAUAAAACCCUGAGUAGAUCUAGCUUGCUUUGACCUGGAAAGUGAAGCUAACUGAAGCUGGCUAGUUCUAUAAAACCCUAAGUAGAUCUAGCUUGCUUCAACCUGGAAAGUGAAGCUAACUGAAGCUGGCUAGUUCUAUAAAACCCUGAGUAGAUCUAGCUUGCUUCGACCUGGAAAGUGAAGCUAACUGAAGCUGGCUAGUUCUAUAAAACCCUGAGUAGAUCUAGCUUGCUUCGACCUGGAAAGUGAAGCUAACUGAAGCUGGCUAGCUCUAUAAAACCCUGAGUAGAUCUAGCUUGCUUCGUAGCACUCUGGUGUCUGGUUGAGUAUAUGAAUUUUAAACAUCGUUGUGUUUGUGUUUCUCUCCCCGUAGACAUCAAAGACUCCCUCAUGCAGGCUCUGGCCAGUUACGUGUGUUACCCACAAUCCCUCAGAGCCGUGGAGAGGAUCCCAGAGGAACAGUGAGUACUGUGUGUGUAUUGUAGUGCAUGCGUUUGUGUGUGUUUUAUUCUCAAGGUCUUGUCAACAUACCAAAAACAGACACCAAAUAGCCUCUUCUCUCUGCCAAUCAUUUCUCUCACUUAUAUCAGGUGUGUCUUGCAAGCUGUGUCCUAUGUGAAAGCAUCACUGAGUCUGUAUGUGAAAGCCUUUGGAAAGUAUUCAGACCCCUUGACUUUUUCCACAUUUUGUUACGUUACAGCCUUAUUAUAAAAUGUAGUAAAUUGUUUUUUUCCCUCAUCAAUCUACACACAAUACCCCAUAAUGACAAAGCAAAACAGGUUUUUAGAAAUGUUUGCUAAUUUAUUAAAAAUAAAGAACUGAAAUAUCACAUUUACAUAAGUAUUCAGACCCUUUACUCAGUACUUUGUUGAAGCACCUUUGGCAGCGAUUACAGCCUCGAGUCUUCUUGGAUAUGACGCUACAAGCUUGGCACACCUGUAUUUGGGGAGUUUCUCCCAUUCUUCUCUGCAGAUCCUCUCAAGCUCUGUCCGAUUGGAUGGGGAUCGUCGAUGCACAGCUAUUUUCAGGUCUCUCCCGAGAUGUUCGAUCGGGUUCAAGUCCGGGCUCUGGCUGGGCCACUCAAGGACAUUCAGAGACUUGUCCCGAAGCCACUCCUGCGUUGUCUUGGCUGUGUGCUUAGGGUCGUUGUCCUGUUGGAAGGUGAACCUUCGCCCCAGUCUGAGGUCCUGAGCGCUCUGGAGCACGUUUUCAUCAAGGAUCUCUCUGUACUUUGCUCCGUUCAUCUUUGCCUCGAUCCUGACUAGUCUCCCAGUCCCUGCCGCUGAAAAAUAUCCCCACAGCAUGAUGCUGCCACCACCAUGCUUCACCUUAGGGAUGGUGCCAGGUUUCCUCCAGACGUGACGCUUGGCAUUCAGGCCAAAUAGUUAAAUCUUGGUUUCAUCAGACCAGAGAAUCUUGUUUCUCAUGGUCUGAGAGCCUUUAGGUGCCUUUUGGCAAACUCCAAGCGGGCUGUCAUGUGCCUUUUACUAAGGAGUGGCUUCCAUCUGGCCACUCUACCAUAAAGGCCUGAUUGGUGGAGUGCUGCAGAGAUGGUUGUCCUUCUGGAAGGUUCCCCUAUCUGCACAGAGGAACUCUGGAGCUCUGUCAGUGACCAUCGGGUUCUUGGUCAUCUCCCUAACCAAGGCCCUUCUCCCCCGAUUGCUCAGUUUGGCCGGGCGGCCAGCUCUAGGAAGAGUCUUGGUGGUUCCAAACUACUUCCAUUUAAGAAUGAUGGAGGCCACUUGUUCUUGUGGACUUUCAAUGCUGUAGAAAUGUUUUGGUACCCUUCCCCAGAUCUGUGCCUCGGCACAAUCCUGUCUCUGAUCUCUACGGACAAUUCCUUUGACCUCAUGGCUUGGUUUUUGCUCUGACAUGCACUGUCAACUGUGGGACCUUAUAUAGAAAGGUUGUGUGCCUUUCCAAAUCAUGUCCAAUCAAUUGAAUUUACCACAGGUGGACUCCAAUCAAGUUGUAGCAACAACUCAAGGAUGAUCAAUGGCAACAGGAUGCGCCUGAGCUCAAUUUCUAAUCUCAUAAUAAACGGUCUGAAUACUUAUGUAAAUAAGAUAUUUCUGUUUUUUAUUUUUAAUACAUUUGCAAACAUUUAUAAUAACCUGUUUUCACUUUAUUAUGGGGUAUUGUGUGUAGAUUGCUGAGGAAAUGUAUUUAUUUAAUCCAUUUUAGAAUAAUGCUGUAACGUAACAUCAAAAUGUGGAAAAGGUCAAGGGGUCUGAAUACUUUCCGAAGGCACUGUAUGUGAAAGCAUCACUGAGUCUGUAUGUGAAAGCAUCACUGAGUCUGUAUGUGAAAGCAUCACUGAGUCUGUAUGUGAAAGCAUCACUGAACCUGUAUGUGAAAGCAUCACUGAGUCUGUAUGUGAAACGGUAUGUUUGUCUCCUAGACGUGUGUCCAUGAUGAGAAACCUGCUGGCUCCGUAUGAACAGAGGCCCUGGGCUCAGACCAACUGGAUCCUGGUGCGACUGUGGAGGGUACGUACCCUGUCCUUGGUUCGCCCCUAUCAACACCAUGCCCGCUGCUGUCUUAUAUAUUGGGUUCUGAGUGCACAAGGUCACCGUUGUCCCACCAUGGGUUCUGUUGCAAGGCUGUGGGUUCUCGCUCUCUCUCUUGUCCUCUUCUAUAUUGCCCUCACUGACCCCUAGCCUCACCAUGGGUUCUCUUGUCCCUGACCUCUUCUAUAUUGUCCUCACUGACCCCAGCCUCACCAUGGGUUCUGUUCUUCUACAGGGCUGUGGGUUUGGGUACAGAUACACACGGCUGCCUCAUCUGCUCAAAACCAAACCAGAGGAUACCAACCUUCCCAGUCUGCAGAGUAAGUCUUCUCCUCCUAUCUCCCCCUCUCCCUCUUCAUUGCCCUCCCCUUCUUCUCGCCCCCCCCCUCUUUUCCUCUACUACCUCUCUGUCCUCCCACCCCUCUCUGUCCUCCCACCCCUCUGUCCUCCCACCCCUCUCUGUCCUCCCACCCCUCUGUCCUCACACCUCUCUCUCUCCUCUCAGCUCUUUCUCCUCUCUCUCCUCUCUUUCUCCUCUCUCUCCUCUCUUCUCCUCUACCACCUCUCUGUUCUCUCCAUCUUUCUCCUCCUUUCCUUCCUUCCUCUCUCUCCCUAUUUCUCUUCUCUCCCCUCCUCCUCCUCUUCCUCUUCUCUCUCCUCUCUCCUCCUCUACAAUCCAGGGUUACUCCAAGCAGUUUAUUUGUCUCAACUUGCUCAAUUUCCACAUUAUUCAUUACGAGAUGUAGUUGAGGUUUAGGGCUUAGUGAAUGAUUUGACCCAAAUACAAUGAUUUUAGUUUUGGAAUUAUUCAGGACUAACUUAUUCCUUCCACCCACUUCGAAACUAACUGCAACUCUUUAAGUGUUGCAGUUAUUUCAGUUGCUGUAGUAGCUGACGUGUAUGGUGUUGAGUCAUCCGCAUACAUGGCUUUACUCAAAGCCAGUGGCAUGUCGUUAGUAAGGUCGCUUUGGAUAAGAGCGUCUGCUAAAUGACUAAAAUGGAAAUGGAAAGAUGGAAAAAAGCAAGGGGCCUAGACAGCUGCCCUGGGGAAUUCCUGAUUCCACCUGGAUUAAGUUUGAGAGUCUUCCAUUAAAGAACACCCUCUGUGUUCUGUUAGACAAGUAACUCUUUAUCCACAAUAUAGCAGGGGGUGUAAAGCCAUAACACACACGUUUUUCCAGCAGCAGACUAUGAUCGAUAAUGUCAUAAGCCGCACUGAAGUCUAACAAAACAGCCCCCACAAUAUUUGUAUCAUCAAUUUCUCUCAGCCAAUCAUCAGUCAUUUGUGUAAGUGAUGUGCUUGUUGAAUGUCCUUCCCUAUAAGCGUGCUUAAAGUUGGUUGUCAAUUUGUUUACAGUAAAAUAGCAUUGUAUCUGGUCAAACACCAUUUUUCCCAAUAGUUUACUAAGGGUUGGUAACAGGCUAAUUGGUCGGCUAUUUGAGUCAGUAAAGGGGGCUUUACUAUUCUUAGGUAGCGGAAUUACUUUUGCUUCCCUCCAGGCCUGAGGGCACACACUUUCUAGUAGGCUUAAAUUGAGAAUAUGGCAAAUAGGAGUGGCAAUAUAGUCCGCUAUUAUCCUCAGCAAUUUUCCAUCCAAGUUGUCAGACCCCGGUGGCUUGUCAUUGUUAAUAGACAACAAUAAUUUGUUCACCUCUUCCACACUCACUUUACAGAAUUCAAAAUUACAAUGCUUGUCUUUCAUAAUUUGGUCAGAUAUACUUGGAUGUGUAGUGUCAGCAAUUGUUGCUGGCAUGUCAUGCCUAAGUUUGCUUAUCUUGCCAAUGGAAAAAAUGAUUAAAGUAGUUUGCAAUAUCAGCUGGUUUUGUGAUGAAUGAGCCAUCUGAUUUAAUGAAUGAUGGAGCCGAGUUUGCCGUUUUUCCCAAUAUUUAAUUUAAGGUGCUCCAAAGCUUUUUACUAUCAUUCUUUAUGUCAUUUAUCUUUGUUUCAUAGUGUUGUUUCUUCUUCUUUUUAUUCAGUUUAGUCACAUGAUUUCUCAAUUUGCAAUACGUUUGCCAAUCGGUUGUGCAGCCAGACUUAUUUGCCAUUCCUUUUGCCUCAUCCCUCUCAACCAUACAAUUUUUCAAUUCCUCAUCAAUCCACUGGGAUUUAAGUUUUUACAGUCAAUUUCUUAAUGGGUGCAUGCUUAUUAGUAACUUGAAUAAGCAAUUUCAGAAAAAGUGCAGCUUCUGGUUGCUCCUCAUUACACACCACGGACCAACAUAUAUUCUUUACAUCAACAAUGUAGGAAUCACUACAAAACGUAUUGUAUGACCUCUUAUACACAAUAUUAGGCCCAGCCUUUGGAACUUUGGUUUUCCUAGAUAUGGCUACUAUAUUGUGAGCACUACCUCCAAUGGAUUUGGAUACUGCUUUCAAACAAAUCUAUGCAGCAUUAGUAAAGAUAUGAUCAAUACAUGUUGAUGAUUUAAUUCCUGUACUGUUUUAAACUACCCUGGUAGGUUGACUGAUAACCUGAACCAGGUUGCAGGCACUGGUUACAGUUUGAAGUUUUCUCUUGAGUGGGCAGCCUGAUGAAACCCAGUCAAUAUUUAAAUCACCCAGAAAGUAUACUUCUCUAUUGAUAUCACAUACAUUAUCAAGCAUUUCACACAUGUUAUCCAAAUACUGACUGUUAGCACUUGGUGGUCACCCCCUGCUAUAUUGUGGAUAAAGAGUUACUUGUCUAACAGAACACAGAGCAUAUUCUUUAAUGGAAGCAUCUCCAACAUAAUCCAGGUAGAAUCAGGAAUUCCCCAGGGCAGCUGUCUAGGCCCCUUACUUUUUUCAAUCUUUACUAAAGACAUGCCACUGACUUUGAGUAAAGUUAGUGUCUAUGUAUGUGGAUGACUCAACACUAUACACGUCAGCUACUACAGCGACUGAAAUGACUGCAACACUUAACAUAGAGCUGCAGUUAGUUUCAGAAUGGGUGGCAAGGAAUAAGUUAGUCCUAAAUAUUUCAAAAACUAAAAGCAUUGUAUUUGGGACAAAUCAUUUACUAAACCCUAAACCUCAACUAAAUCUUGUAAUAAAUAAUGUGUAAAUUGAGCAAGUUGAGGAGACUAAACUGCAUGGAGUAACCCUGGAUUGUAAACUGUCAUGGUCAAAACAUGUUGAUACAACAGUAGCUAAGAUGGUGAGAAGUUUGUCCAUAGUAAAGCGCUGCUUUACCUUCUUAACAGCACUAUCAACAAGGCAGGCUUUAGUUUUGUUGCAACUGGACUACUGUUCAGUCAUGUGGUCAGGUGCCACAAAGAGGGACUUAAGACAAUCGCAAUUGGCUCAGAAGAGGGCAGCACGGCUGGCCCUUGGAUGUACACAGAGAGCAAACAUUAAUAAUAUGCAUGUCAAUGUCUCCUGGCUCAAAGUGGAGUGGACUUCAUCACUACUUGUAUUUGUGAGAGGUAUUGACAUUUUAAAAGACUAGCUCACAGCUCAGACACCCAUGCAUACCCACAAGACAUGCCACCAGAGGUCUCUUCUCAGUCCCCAAGUCAAGAACAGACUAUGGGAGGCGCACAGUACUACAUAGAGCCAUGAAUGCAUGGAACUCUAUUCCACAUCAGGUAACUAAUGCAAGCAGUACAAUCUGAUAAAAAAAACAGAAAAAAAUACACCUUAUGGAACAGCGGGGACUGCGAAUCAAUGCAAACCGAGGCGCAGACACAUGGUAACAUACGCACUAUACACACACAUAUACAUGGAUUUUGUGUUGCAGAUACAGUGCCUUGCAAAAGUAUUCAUCCCCCUUGGCGUUUUUCCUAUUUUGUUGCAUUACAACCUGUAAUUUAAAUGGAUUUUUAUUUGGAUUUCAUGUGAUGGACGUACACAAAAUAGUCCAAAUUGGUGAAGUGAAAUGAAAAAAAAAACUUGUUUCAAAAAUUAAGAUCUGGUGCAACCAAUUACCUUAAUUAGUUAGAAUGCACACAGGUGGACUUUAUUUAAGUGUCACAUGAUCUCAGUAUAUAUACACCUGUUCUGAAAGGCCCCUAAGCAAGGGGCACCACCAAGCAAGCGGCACCAUGAAGACCAAGGAGCUCUCCAAACAGGUCAGGGACAAAGUUGUGGAGAAGUACAGAUCAGGGUUGGGUUCUAAAAAAAUAUCAAAAACGUUGAACAUCCCACGGAGCACCAUUAUAUCCAUUAUAAAAAAAUUGGAAGAAUAUGGCACCACACAAACCUGCCAAGAGAGGGCCGCCCACCAAAACUCACGGACCAGGCAAGGAGGGCAUAAAUCAGAGAGGCAACAAAGAGACCAAAGAUAACCCUGAAGGAGCUGCAAAGCUCCACAGCGGAGAUUGGAGUAUCUGUCCAUAGGACCACUUUAAGCCGUACACUCCACAGAGCUGGGCUUUACAGAAGACUGGCCAGAAAAAAGUAAGCAAACACGUUUGGUGUUCGCCAAAAGGCAUGUGGGAGAUUCCCCAAAUAUAUGGAAAAAGGUGAGACUAAAAUUGUUAUUUUUAGCCAUCAAGGAAAAUGUCUGCCGCAAACCCAACACCUCUCAUCACCCCGAGAACACCAUCCCCACAGUGAAGCAUGGUGGUGGCAGCAUCAUGCUGUCGGGAUGUUUUUCAUCGGCAGGGACUGGGAAACUGGUCAGAAUUGAAGGAAUGAUGGAUGGCAUUAAAUACAGGGAAGUUAUUGAGGGAGACCUGUUUCAGUCUUCCAGAGAUUUGAGACUGGGACGGAGCAGUUUUGCUUUGUAGAAUGGGCAAUAAUCCCAUUGGCUAGAUGUGCCAAGCUUAUAGAGACAUACCCCAAGAGACUUGCAGCUGUAAUUGCUGCAAAAGGUGGCUCUACAAAGUAUUGACUGACUUUGGGGGGGUGAAUAGUUAUGCACGCUAAAGUUGUUUUUUUGUCUUAUUUCUUGUUUGUUUCACAAUAAAAAAAUAUUUUGCAUCUUCAAAGUGGUAGGCAUGUUGUGUAAAUCAAAUGAUACAAACCCCCCAGAAAUCAAUUUUAAUUCCAGGUUGUAAGGCAACAAAAUAAGAAAAAUGCCAAGGGGGGUGAAUACUUUCGCAAGCCACUGUAUGUGGUAGUGGAGUAGGGGCCUAAGGGCACAGACAUAGUGGGUUGUGAAAUCUGUUCUGAAUGUAUUGUAAUGUUUUUAAAAUUGUAUAACUGCCUUAAUUUUGCCGGACCCCAGGAAGAGUAGCUGCUGCCUUCGCAGUAACUAAUGGGGAUCCAUAGUAAAUACAAAUGCAAAGCUAAUGUGUAGCUGGCACCAGUAGUUAAUGUGACCACCUCGUAUAGAUUCCCUGUCAGCAAGUGCAAUGACAUACUUUUCAUCAUUUUUAUACACUACCCGUCAAAAGUUUAAAACACCUGCUCAUUCAAGGGUUUUUCUUAAUUUGUACUAUUUUCUACAUUGUAGAAUAAUAGUUAAGAAAUCAAAACUAUGAAAUAACACAUAUGGGAUCAUGUAGUAACCAAAAAAGUGUUAAACAAAUCAAAAUAUAUUUUAUAUUUGAGAUUCUUCAAAUAGUCACCCUUGAUGACAGCUUUGCACACGCUUGGCAUUUUCUCAACCAGCUUCACCUGGAAUGCUUUUCCAACAGUCUUGAAGGAGUUCCCACAUAUGCUGAGCACUUGUUGGCUGCAUUUCCUUCACUCUGCAGUCUGACUCAUCCCAAACUAUCUCAAUUGGGUUGAGGUCUGGGGAUUGUGGAGGCCAGGUCAUCUGAUGCAGCACUCCAUCACUCUCCUUGGUAAAAUAGCCCUUACACAGCCUGGAGGAGUGUUGGGUCAUUGUCCUGUUGAAAAACAAAUGAUAGUCCCACUAAGCCCAAACCAGAUUGGAUGGCGUAUUGCUGCAGAAUGCUGUGGUAGCCAUGCUGGUUAAGUGUGCCUUGAAUUCUAAAUCAAUCACAGACAGUGUCACCAGCAAAGCACCCCCACACCAUAACACCUUCUCAUCCAUGCAUUAUGGUGGGAAAUACACAUGCGGAGAUCAUCCGUUCACCCACACAGCGUCUCACAAAGACACGGCGGUUGGAACCAAAAAUUUCCAAUUUGGAUUCCAUACCAAAGGACACAUUUCCACUGCUCUAAUGUCCAUUGCUUGUGUUUCUUGGCCCAAGCAAGUCUCUUCUUAUUAUUGGUGUCCUUUAGUAGUGGUUUCUUUGAUGCAAUUUGACCAUGAAGGCCUGAUUCACACAGUGUCCUCUGAACAGUUGAUGUUGAGAUGUGUCUGUUACUUGAACUCUGUGAAGCAUUUAUUUGGGCUGUAAUUUCUGAGGCUGGUAACUCUAAUGAACUUAUCCUCUGCAGCAGAGGUAACUUUGGGUCUUACUUUCCUGUGGCUUUCCUCAUGAGAGCCAGUUUCAUUACAUUUACAUUUUCAUAAUUUACAAAUUGGUGCGUUCAACUUAUGGUACAGUGAGGGGGAAAAAGUAUUUGAUCCCCUGCUGAUUUUGUACGUUUGCCCACUGACAAAGAAAUGAUCAGUCUAUAAUUUUAAUGGUAGGUUUAUUUGAACAGUGAGAGACAGAAUAACAACAACAAAAAUGCAGAAAAGCGCAUGUCAAAAAUGUUAUAAAUCGAGUUGCAUUUUAAUGAGGGAAAUAAGUAUUUGACCCCCUCUCAAUCAGAAAGAUUUCUGGCUCCCAGGUAUCUUUUAUACAGGUAACGAGCUGAAAUUAGGAGCGCACUCUUAAAGGGAGUGCUCCUAAUAUCAGCUUGUUACCUGUAUAAAAAACCUGUCCACAGAAACAAUCAAUCAAUCAGAUUCCAAACUCUCCACCAUGGCCAAGACCAAAUAUCUCUCCAAGGAUGUCAGGGACAAGAUUGUAGACCUACACAAGGCUGGAAUGGGCUACAAGACCAUCGCCAAGCAGCUUGGUGAGAAGGUGACAACAGUUGGUGCGACUAUUGGCAAAUGGAAGAAACACAAAAGAACUGUCAAUCUCCCUCUGCCUGGGGCUCCAUGCAAGAUCUCACCUCGUGGAGUUGCAAUGAUUAUGAGAACUGUGAGGAAUCAGCCCAGAACUACACGGGAGGAUCUUGUCAAUGAUCUCAAGGCAGCUGGGACCAUAGUCACCAAGAAAACAAUUGGUAACACACUAUGCCGUGAAGGACUGAAAUCCUGCAGCGCCCGCAAGGUCCCCCUGCUCAAGAAAGCACAUAUACAUGCCCGUCUGAAGUUUGCCAAUGAACAUCUGAAUGAUUCAGAGGAGAACUGGGUGAAAGUGUUGUGGUCAGAUGAGACCAAAAUGGAGCUCUUUGGCAUCAACUCAACUCGCCGUGUUUGGAGGAGGAGGAAUGCUGCCUAUGACCCCAAGAACACCAUCCCCACCGUCAAACAUGGAGGUGGAAACAUUAUGCUUUGGGGGUGUUUUUCUGCUAAGGGGACAGGGCAACUUCACCGCAUCAAAGGGACGAUGGACGGGGCCAUGUACCGUCAAAUCUUGGGUGAGAACCUCCUUCCCUCAGCCAGGGCAUUGAAAAUGGGUCGUGGAUGGGUAUUCCAGCAUGCCAAUGACCCAAAACACUCGGCUAAAGCAGCAAAGGAGUGGCUCAAGAAGAAGCACAUGAAGGUCCUGGAGUGGCCUAGCCAGUCUCCAGACCUUAAUCCCAUAGAAAAUCUGUGGAGGGAGCUGAAGGUUCGAGUUGCCAAACGUCAGCCUCGAAACCUUAAUGACUUGGAGAUGAUCUGCAAAGAGGAGUGGGACAAAAUCCCUCCUGAGAUGUGUGCAAACCUGGUGGCCAACUACAAGAAACGUCUGACCUCUGUGAUUGCCAACAAGGGUUUUGCCACCAAGUACUAAGUAAUGUUUUGCAGAGGGGUCAAAUACUUAUUUCCGUCAUUAAAAUGCAAAUCAAUUGAUAACAUUUUUGACAUGCGUUUUUCUGGAUUUUGUUGUUGUUAUUCUGUCUCUCACUGUUCAAAUAAACCUACCAUUAAAAUUAUAGACUGAUCAUGUCUUUGUCAGUGGGCAAACCUACAAAUCAGUAGGGGAUCAAAAUACAUUUUUCCCUCACUGUAACCAGUGGGACAAACACCUUUUUUUUUUUUUUUUGGUGUGGGGGGGGGGGGGGGUUAUUUUAUACUAUUCCAGGUAUUCCUUAAAGAGGUAGGGUUUCAAGUGUCUCCGGAAGGUGGUGAGUGACUCCGCUGUCCUGGCGUCGUGGGGGAGCUUGUUCCACCAUUGGGGUGCCAGAGCAGCAAAUAGCUUUGACUGGGCUGAGCGGGAACUGUGCUUCCGUAGAGGUAGGGGAGCUAGCAGGGCAGAGGUGGAUGAACGUGUUGCCCUUGUUUGGGUGUAGGGUCUGAUCAGAGCCUGAAGGUAAGGAGGUGCCGUUCCCCUCACAGCUCCGUAGGCAAGCACCAUGGUCUUGUAGUAGAUGCGAGCCUCAACUGGAAGCCAGUGGAGUGUGCGGAGGGGUGGGGUGACAUGAGAGAACUUGGGAAGGUCGAACACCAGACGGGCUGCGUCGUUCUGGAUAAGUUGUAGGGGUUUAAUGGCACAGGCAGGGAGCCCUGCCAACAGCGAGUUGCUGUAAUCCUGACGGGAGAUGACAAGUUCCUGGAUUAUGACCUGUGCCGCUUUCUGUGUAAGGUAGGGUCGUACUCUGCGAAUGUUGUAGAGCAUGAACCUGCAGGAUCGGGUCACCGCUUUGAUGUUAGCGGAGAACGACAGGGUUUUGUCCAGGGUCACGCCAAGGUUCUUUGCACUCUGGGAGGAGGACACAAUGGAGUUGUCAACCGUGAUGGCGAGAUCAUGGAGCGGGCAUUCCUUCCCCGGGAGGAAGAGCAGCUCCGUCUUGCCGAGGUUCAGCUUGAGGUGGUGAUCCGACAUCCACACUGAUAUGUCUGCCAGACAUGCAGAGAUGCGAUUCGCCAUCUGGUUAUCAGAAGGGGGAAAGGAGAAAAUUAAUUGUAUGUCGUCUGCGUAUCAAUGAUAGGAGAGACCAUGUGAGGGUAUGACAGAGCCAAGUGACAUGGUGUAUAGAGAGAAUAGGAGAGGGCCUAGAACUGAGCCCUGGGGGACACCAGUGGUGAGAGCACGUGGUGCGGAGACAGAUUCUCGCCACGCCCCCUGGUAGGAGCGACCUGUCGGGUAGGACACAAUCCAAGAGUGAGCAGCGCCGGAGAUGCCCAACUCGGAGAGGGUGGAGAGGAGGAUCUGAUGGUUCACAGUAUCAAAGGCAGCGGAUAGGUCUAGAAGUAUAAGAGCAGAGGAGAGAGAGUUAGCUUUAGCAGUGCGGAAAGCCUCCGUGACACAGAGAAGAGCAGUCUCAGUUGAAUGACCAGUCUUGAAACCUGACUGGUUUGGAUCAAGAAGGUAAUUCUGAGAGAGAUAGCAGGAGAGUUGGCUAGAGACGGCACGCUCAAGAGUUUUUGAGAGAAAAAAAAGAUGGGAUACUGGUCUGUAGUUGUUGACAUCGGAGGGAUCGAUUGUAGGUUUUUUUAAGGAGGGGUGCAACUCGCGUUCUCUUGAAGAUGGAAGGGACAUGGCCAGCGGUCAAGGAUGAGUUGAUGAGCGAGGUGAGGUAAGGGAGAAGGUCUCUGGAAAUGGUCUGUAGAAGAGAGGAGGGGAUAGGGUCAAGCGGGCAGGUUGUUGGGUGGCCGGCCGUUACAAGUCGUAAGAUUUCAUCUGGAGAGAGAGGGGAGAAAGAAGUCAAAGCAUAGGGUAUGGCAGUGUGAGCAGGACCAGCGGUGUCAUUUGACUUAAUAAAUGAGGAUCGGAUGUCGUCAACCUUCUUUUCAAAAUGGUUGACGAAGUCAUCCACAGAGGGGGAGGAGGAGGAGGAUUCAGCAGGGAGGAGAAGGUGGCAAAGAGCUUCCUAGGGUUAGAGGCAGAGGCUGGAAAUUUAGAGUGGUAGAAAGUGGCUUUAGCAGCGGAAACAGAGGAAGGGAAUGUAGAGAGGAGGGAGUGAAAAUAUGACAGGUCCGCAGGGUGUCUAGUUUUCCUCCAUUUCCGCUCGGCUGCCCAGAGCCCUCUUCUGUGAGCUCGCAAUGAGUCGUCAAGCCACGGAGCAGGAGGGGAGGACCGAGCCGGCCGGGAGGAUAGGGGACACAGAGAGUCAAAGGAUGCAGAAAGGGAGGAGAGGAGGGUUGAGGAGGCAGAAUCAGGAGAUCGGAGGGAGAAGGAUUUAGCAGAGGGAAGAGAUGAUAGGAUGGAAGAGGAGAGAGUAGCGGGAGAGAGAGAGCGAAGGUUGCGACGGCACAUUACCAUCUGAGAAGGGGAAGAGGGAGUAGUGUUGGAGGAGAGCGAGAGAGAAAAUGAUACAAAGUAGUGGUUGGAGACUUGGAGGGGAGUUGCAGUGAGAUUAGUAGAAGAACAGCAUCUAGUAAAGAUGAGGUCAAGCGUAUUGCCUGCCUUGUGAGUAGGGGGACGGGGACGGUGAGAGGGUGAGGUCAAAAGAGGAAAGGAGUGGAAAGAAGGAGGCAGAGAGAAAUGAGUCAAAUGUAGACGUAGGGAGGUUAAAGUCACCCAGAACUGUGAGGGGUGAGCCAUCCUCAGGAAAGGAACUUAUCAUGGCGUCAAGCUCAUUGAUGAACUCUCCAAGGGAACCUGGAGGGCGAUAAAUGACAAGGAUGUUAAGCUUGAAUGGGCUAGUGACUGUGACAGCAUGGAAUUCAAAUGAGGAGAUAGACAGAUGGGUCAGGGGAAAAAGAGAGAAUGUCCACUUGGGAGAGAUGAGGAUUCCUGUGCCACCGCCCUGCUGACCAGAUGCUCUUGGGGUAUGCGGUAACACAUGGUUAGACGAGGAAAGAGCAGUAGGAGUAGCAGUGUUUUCUGUGGUAAUCCAUGUUUCCGUCAGCGCCAAGAAGUCGAGAGACUGGAGGGUAGCAUAGGCUGAUAUGAACUCUGCCUUGUUGGCCGCAGAAUGGCAGUUCCAGAGGCUGCCAGAGACCUGGAACUCCACGUGGGUCGUGCGCGCAGGGACCACCAGAUUAGAGUGGCAGCAGCCACGUGGUGUGAAGCGUUUGUAUGGCCUGUGCAGAGAGGAGAGAACAGGGAUAGACAGACACAUAGUUGACAGGCUACAGAAAAAGGCUACAAUAAUGCAAAGGAGAUCGGAAUGAAAUGAACUAAACAUCUGCGAAAGCGAGAGAGCGGGGCCUCCCUCACUUACGUUUCACUGAAACACUCAAAUAUAACUCUCUCAACUUCCACUUUAGAAAUUAUAAUUGUUGUAAACUACAGCGGUUCAAUGUUUCUAGGAAUAGACUAACUUAGUUUAUUCAGCUAGCUAACUUGGUACAGUAUUCUUCCGUGAAAACCGCCCAGGGCACCGAAUCCUAUGACACCAAAGCCAACUAGCAUGCCAGCCUCCAAUAACACGGUUUAGCACCAAUACUCGGUUACAACAAACUACCAGUGUGUUAACACGCCAAGCAGAUCAUUUGUGUCCGUGUCUAACGUUGUGUAAAGUUUUGGGUUAGUUUUGACAGUUUGAGUGAGUACGUCGUCAACUUAAUCAGCCAGUUAGUUAGCUAGAAUAGUUAGCAUACUAGCUAGCCAUUGCAUCAUAGUGCUUGAUGGUUUUUGCGACUGCACAGAAAUGUUCCAUAUUGACUGACCUUCAUGUCUUAAAGUAAUGAUGGACUGUCGAUUCUCUUUGCUUAUUUGAGCUGUUCUUGACAUAAUAUGGACUAGGUCUUUUACCAAAUAGGCUAUCUUCUGUAUAACACCCCUACCUUGUCACAACACAACUGAUUGGCUGAAACGUAUUAAGAAGGAAAGAAAUUCCACAAUUUCACUUUUAAGAAGGCACACCUGUUAAUUGAAAUGCAUUCCAGGUAACUACCUCAUGAAGGUGGUUGACAGAAUGCCAAGAGUGUGCAAAGCUGUCAUCAAGGCAAAGGGUGGCUAUUUGAAGAACCAGAAAUAUAAAAUAUAUUUUGAUUUGUUUGACACUUUUUUUUGGUUACUACAUGAUUCGAUAAGUGUUAUUUUAUAGUUUAGAUGUCUUCACUAUUAUUCUACAAUGCUGAAAACAGUAAAAAAAAAUAAAGAAAAACCCUUGAAUGAGUAGGUGUUCUAAAGCUUUUACCGGUAGUGUAGCUUUUGCCAAGUGAAAACAUUUCAAGUGUCAUAGGCACUUAAAUUCAAAUCUAGACACUAGCUUCCCUAUAUUUUGAUGUGACAUUCUGACGUUGAAGGAUUGGAAUGAAGUAAAAACUCCUAAGAAUUGUCUGCCGCUGUAGCCUAUGCCUAGCUCUUUCAAAUGUUCAAUUUACAAACUCAUUGAUGCCCUUCAACUUUCAUGUGACAAGUUGAAGGAUUGUGCCGUGUCGUUUUUUUUUACAUCCUUUUCAGCUAGUUUUUCUCUUUCUUUCUGUCCAAUCUGUCCAUCUUCUGUUCUUCAUGCUAAUAUUGUUUCUGUUUCAUCUGACUCAUUUGCAUGGCUAACAGGAGAUUUAUCCAUUGCUAGUUUCCAAAGUAAGUUUGUUCCUUUUUUUGUUUUACCAUCACUUUAAGUUAUUGAUUUAUUUUUUAUGCUUAUUAGUGAUAGCCCCAACCCUUUAGCAGUUAUAAUUGUAUUCCAUCCAAUCCUACCCUUGUAUUUAUUUAGAGUAUCUAGAGAUUGUAGUUGGUCCCAUGUCCCUAAAUGUCAGGUUUUCCUGUGCACUUUUUCCUUCAGCGUGUUCCUUCAGUCCCAGACAUGUCUGUUAUUGUCUAUGCCUUUUUUCAUUUAGCAGACGCUCUUAUCCAGAGCGACUUACAGUUAGUGAGUGCAUACAUGUUUAUUUUUUUUACUUUUCAUACUGCCCCCCCCCCGUGGGAAUCGAACCCACAACCCUGGCGUUGCAAACGCCAUGCUCUACCAACUGAGCUACAUCCCUGCCGGCCAUUCCCUCCCCUACACCUGGACGACGCUGUGCCAAUUGUGCGCCGCCCCAUGGGUCUCCCGGUCGCGGCCGGCUACGACAGAGCCUGGAUUAGUUAGCCUAAUGAGUCUCUGGUAGCCUGUUGGUUUCCACAAUGAAGACUCAUGUUUUCUUAAGAGUCUAAGUAUGAGAGGGGAAACAGCCACAAUACAGACAAUGUUCAAAUAAAACACCUCACCACCGGAAUAAUGUCCGUUAGUUGGCCUAACAUAAUGAGUAGUAGAGUUCAACACUUCAUGUUGUCUUUUCUCUGCCUAAUGAGUAGAACAGGGAAAAAUACAAAAUAUAGGAAAUUAAUUUAAAGUACAAAACAAAAACACCAGAAUAUCCUGAGAGGGAGAGAACGAAGAGAAAAUACUGUCUGCGUCUUGUUUUGAAGCGACUAGCUCCCCGGCCACUCGAUUUGCAUAUUGCUUAACCUAUUUAUUUGGAAAUUACUGACUCUUUCCAAGCCAUAAAUGACAAGGCCCCAGAGUGAGAGAGACUUAAACUGCGUCCCAAAGGGUACAGUAUUCCCUAUAUGUAGGGAAUAGGGUGUCAUUUGGGACUCUACUUAAUGAUUGGUUCACAUGGGCUUAUCUUUUGUUUCAUUAGUCUAUUGUUGAUAUAGUCCUGAAAUGUUUUGCAUGUCAGCUAUCAAGUUUUCAAGUACAGAAAUACAGUCGGUGUGAUGCAUUUAUCAUCAUAUGAUGCUCCUUUUGGCAUCAUACCGGCAUCAUACCGGCUGUAUUUCUGUAUUUAGAAAGUUAUAUAUCUUAACUUGAUUGCUGACGUGCGAAACAUUUUAGUUUUUGGGUGAAGGACAGUGUGUGUUGGUGCGCAGUCUAUCUCAUUAUAUUAGUAGUGUUGGGGCAGAGCUGAAGGUCCUAGCUAUCAGUUGUUCAGUCAGACAGACUCCAGUCAGAAGUGACAGAUUAACAUCACAGUAAAGAUUUCCUACUAUUUGAAAGGGCUGGUUUAAACGUCGCUUUACAUUACAUGCUGUGGUAUAAUACCUGUAUGUAUAGAAUAGAGAGCCCUCACAACAUUGAAUAAUGACAGAGCGUUUUUUUUCUCUAGCUCACAAUCAUGUUGACAGCCAUUACUGCCACUUUUAUACAGGAUAUGACCUCAUCCUCCCUGUCCCCAUUGGUACGUAUAGUCUACCAUUCUGAUGAAAGCCUGUGGCUGUGGAGGGAAACAUCAUGUAUCUAUGGCUGUGGAGGGAAACUAUUUUGUUGCCUUACAACCUGGAAUUAAAAUAGAUUUUUGGGGGGUUUGUAUCAUUUGAUUUACACAACAUUCCUACCACUUUGAAGAUGCAAAAUAUUUUUUUAUUGUGAAACAAACAAGAAAGAAAACAGAACUUGAGCGUGCACAACUAUUCACCCCCCCCCCCCCCCCCCCCCCCCCAAAGUCAAUACUUUGUAGAGACACCUUUUGCAGCGAUUACAGCUGAAAGUCUCAUGAGCUAUGUCUCUAUAAGCUUGGCACAUCUAGCCACUGGGAUAUUUGCCAAUUCUUCAAGGCAAAACUGCUUCAGCUCCUUCAAGUUGGAUGGGUUCCGCUGGUGUACAGCAAUCUUUAAGUCAUACCACAGAUUCUCCAUUGGAUUGAGGUCUGGGCUUUGACAUUUAAGACAUUUUAAAAGUUUCCCCUUAAACCACUCAAGUGUUGCUUUAGCAGUAUGCUUAGGAUCAUUGUCCUGCUAGAAGGUGAACCUCCGUCCCAGUCUCAAAUCUCUGGAAGACUGAAACAAGAAUUUCUCUUUAUUUAGCGCCAUCCAUCAUUCCUUCAAUUCUGAUCAGUUUCCCAGUCCCUGCCGAUGGAAAAUGAUCCCCACAGCAUGAUGCUGCCACCACCAUGCUUCGCUUUGGGGAUUGUGUUCUUGGGGUGAUGAGAGGUGUUGGGUUUGCGCCAGACAUAGCGUUUUCCUUGAUGGCCAAAAAGCUCAAUUUUAGUCUCAUCUGACCAGAGUACCUUCUUCCAUAUGUUUGGGGAGUCUCCCACAUGCCUUUUGGCGAACACCAAACGUGUUUGCUUAUUUUUUUCUUGAAGCAAUGGCUUUUUUCUGGCCACUCUUCUGUAAAGCCCAGCUCUGUGCAAUGUAUGGCUUAAAGUGGUCCUAUGGACAGAUACUCCAAUCUCCGCUGUGGAGCUUUGCAACUCCUGCAAGGUUAUCUUUGGUCUCUUUGUUGCCUCUCUGAUUAAUGCCCUCCUUGCCUGGUCUGUGAGUUUUGGUGGGCGGCCCUGUCUUGGCAGGUUUGUUGUGGUGCCAUAUUCAUUCAAUUUUUUAAUAAUGGAUUUAAUGGUGCUCUGUGGGAUGUUCAAAGUUUCUGAUAUUUUUUUUAUAUUUUUACAACUUUGUCCCUGACCUGUUUGGAGAGCUCCUUGGUCUUCAUGGUGCUGCUUGCUUGGUGAUGCCCCUUGCUUAGUGGUGUUGCAGACUCUGGGGUCUUUCAGAACAGGUGUAUAUAUACUGAGAUCAUGUGACAGAUCAUGUGACACUUCGAUUGCACACAGGUGGACUUUAUUUAACUAAUUAUGUGACUUAUGAAGGUAAUUGGUUGCACCAGAUCUUAUUUAGGGGCUUCAUAGCAAAUGGGGUGAAUACAUAUGCACACACCACUUUUCCGUUAUUCUUCAUUUUUUAGAAUCUUUUGAAACAAGUAAUUUUUUUCACUUCACCAAUUUGGACUAUUUUGUGUAUGUCCAUUACAUGAAAUCCAAAUAAAAAUCCAUUUAAAUUACAGUUUGUAAUGCAACAAAAUAGGAAAAACGCCAAGAGGGAUGAAUACUUUUGCAAGGCACUGUAUCUGUGGCUGUGGAGGGAAACAUCAUGUAUCUAUGGCUGUGGGGGGAAACAUGUAUGUAUGGCUUUGGGGGGAAACAUCAUGUAUCUAUGGCUGUGGAGGGAAACGUGUAUCUAUGGCUGUAUGGCUGUGGGGGAAACUUAUCUAUGGAUGUGGGGGGAAACAUCAAAUCAAAUGUUAUUGGUCACAUACACGUGUUUAGCAGAUGUUAUUGCGGGUGUAGCGAAAUGCUUGUGCUUCUAGUUCCGACAGUGCAGUAAUAUCUAACAAGUAAUACAGUGGGGAAAAAAAGUAUUCAGUCAGCCACCAAUUGUGCAUGUUCUCCCACUUAAAAAGAUGAGAGGCCUGUAAUUUUCAUCAUAGGUACACGUCACCUAUGACAGACAAAAUGAGAUUUUUUUUUUAAUGAAUUUAUUUUUAAUGAAUUUAUUUGCAAAUUAUGGUGGAAAAUAAGUAUUUGGUCAAUAACAAAAGUUUCUCAAUACUUUGUUAUAUACCCUUUGUUGGCAAUGACACAGGUCAAACGUUUUCUGUAAGUCUUCACAAGGUUUUCACACACUGUUGCUGGUAUUUUGGCCCAUUCCUCCAUCCAGAUCUCCUCUAGAGCAGUGAUGUUUUGGGGCUGUCGCUGGGCAACAUGGACUUUCAACUCCCUCCAAAGAUUUUCUAUGGGGUUGAGAUCUGGAGACUGGCUAUGCCACUCCAGGACCUUGAAAUGCUUCUUACGAAGCCACUCCUUCGUUGCCCGGGCGGUGUGUUUGGGAUCAUUGUCAUGCUGAAAGACCCAGCCACUUUUCAUCUUCAAUGCCCUUGCUGAUGGAAGGAGGUUUUCACUCAAAAUCUCACGAUACAUGGCCCCAUUCAUUCUUUCCUUUACACAGAUCAGUCGUCCUGGUCCCUUUGCAGAAAAACAGCCCCAAAGCAUGAUGUUUCCACCCCCAUGCUUCACAGUAGGUAUGGUGUUCUUUGGAUGCAACUCAGCAUUAUUUGUCCUCCAAACACGACGAGUUGAGUUUUUACCAAAAAGUUCUAUUUUGGUUUCAUCUGACCAUAUGACAUUCUCCCAAUCCUCUUCUGGAUCAUCCAAAUGCGCUCUAGCAAACUUCAGACGGGCCUGGACAUGUACUGGCUUAAGCAGGGUGACUCGUCUGGCACUGCAGGAUUUGAGUCCCUGGCGGCGUAGUGUGUUACUGAUGGUAGGCUUUGUUACUUUGGUCCCAGCUCUCUGCAGGUCAUUCACUAGGUCCCCCCGUGUGGUUCUGGGAUUUUUGCUCACCGUUCUUGUGAUCAUUUUGACCCCACGGGGUGAGAUCUUGCGUGGAGCCCCAGAUCGAGGGAGAUUAUCAGUGGUCUUGUAUGUCUUCCAUUUCCUAAUAAUUGCUCCCAUAGUUGAUUUCUUCAAACCAAGCUGCUUACCUAUUGCAGAUUCAGUCUUCCCAGCCUGGUGCAGGUCUACAAUUUUGUUUCUGGUGUCCUUUGACAGCUCUUUGGUCUUGGCCAUAGUGGAGUUUGGAGUGUGACUGUUUGAGGUUGUGGACAGGUGUCUUUUAUACUGAUAACAAGUUCAAACAGGUGCCAUUAAUACAGGUAACGAGUGGAGGACAGAGGAGCCUCUUAAAGAAGUUGUUACAGGUCUGUGAGAGCCAGAAAUCUUGCUUGUUUGUAGGUGACCAAAUACUUAUUUUCCACCAUAAUUUGCAAAUAAAUUCAUAAAUCCUACAAUGUGAUUUUCUGGAAAAAAAAUUCUCAAUUUGUCUGUCAUAGUUGACGUGUACCUAUGAUGAAAAUUACAAGCCUCUCAUCUUUUUAAGUGGGAGAACUUGCACAAUUGGUGGCUGACUAAAUACUUUUUUUCCCCACUGUAUAUGCUUGGAGUCUAAUUAUUCCAUAUAACUGAAUUCAUCCCUCUACAUUCUCUAUAUUUGAAUCCAACCAGAUUCGCAAUAUAUUUAAUCAACAAAGGUAUACAUUCUCAGUCAUCUGGAUCAUGCAUGAUCAAACAUCUCAAACCUCUAUUGAUUUGGCCUGAGUAAAAGAUCAUUACAUGAGUAACUAAUAUACAUUCACACUAAAUAUCUAUGUAGUCAAAACCUUACUGAUAUAUAUAAGGAAAAAUACCCCAUAGACAUCCCAUAUUUUUUAAAUGACACCCUUGUAUACAUCAUUUUCAAAUAUACCCAUCCUCUUAGACAUUCUAACACAAAAAACAUACAUAGAAAUAAAUGCUUAACAUCAUGACAUCAUCCAAGAAAAUACAUUGAUUCAUGACAAUUUCUAAGUUACAUGGAGACUAUAAUAUAGGGAGAUUAAUAUAUCCAAAUAAAAAUAACUUAAUUCUCCAUUUCUUCAUUCAGAGGAACCCCAAGCUUUUCUCUAGUCACUUGGGGCUGAUCGACUGAGGUAGUCCUGUCUCCACAUUUCCAAUCCUGUAAACCUCAUAUCCACCAUUAUACAGUUCCAACAUCACAUUCCCCACUCCUCAAUCAACAUUAUCAAUGGACUCUACACUUGAAUAAGAUGAUAUAGAUGAAGAAUUUUUACUCUCCCUCCUUGCAUUAAUAUUGAAUGAUACAUCUCUAGCUGUAAUCACUGGCAUGUUAGUACCGUAUUUCCCGCACUAUAAGGCGCACCGGAGUAUAGGCCGCAGCAGCUAAAUUGAAUGAUAUUGAAUGAUGUGUACAUAUAUAAGCCGCACUGGACUAUAAGCCGCAGGUGUUUUAAUGUUUAAUUACCAUAUGUAAGGGUUCGUGCACAGAGGGGAUUGUCGGGAAAGAGACAAACUGUCUCGCUCUCGUUCUGUCUCUCGUUCUGUCUCUCGUACCACUCUCGGUUCCACUUUUACUUUUGCGCGCUACCUGUCUCACUCUUUUCCGGCCUCCAGCUUUUCCUGCUGGAGCCCGCCGCUUAAAGGUGGGGGGCGCGGACCGGUCAUAGAGCCCAUAGAGUUAAAGUUGGUGGACUGUAACCUGUAAAAUCCAUAGAUUUAGGAGGUCUUCUAGUGGCCGUUAGCUGUAAAAAUCCAUAGAUUAGCCGAGGAUAUAAGUUAUAUAAGCCGCAGGGUUGAAAAAUGGGAAAAAAGGCGCGGCUUAUAGUCCGAAUAUUACGGUAAUCAUUUGUACAGAUCUCAAAAUCAAUCUCUGAAAAUCCCAGUGUUGGCAGUCCUUCUGACCCCUGAAGUGGUACCGCCCAAUAAGGAAAUACAUCCUUCUGUCCCCUGAAGUGGUACCACCCAAUAAGGAAAUAAAUCCUCAGUUGAUUUGGGAAUUAUUGAACACACAUGACAUUAAUUUUGAGUCAAUCUUCUAACUUCCUGCUUAAGUGUUUUGAUCCACAAAUUAGACGCUAUGGGGUGAAUAGAAUGUACUUCAAUCAAAUCAAUAUCCUCAUAGAUAAGAGCUUCCUCCUCCUCUACCAACUCAGCAUUCUAUCCUCAGGUAAAGUCGUUGGCCGUGUAAUUGGAGCAUCUAUACCCCCAAAUACCACUUCCCUUGGUAUACAAUAAGGGGCGCAAACCCCUUGCCAAUAUAGUGGAAGGUAGGUAUAUAAGUGAUCACCACAAUACCAUAGCAUGCAAUCAGUUGCCAGCCAUGGUAAAUUCCUAUCCAAAGAAAUCAUUUCAUUUGGACAUUCCUGUGUAAUCCCAAUUUUGUAUAGAAUUGUAUGACUAGCUAUCGACGUCACGCUGGUUAGAGGUACAACCUUCUGCUUAGUCCUGAUUGCUACUGGUUGCAUACUAGCAUAAGCUAGCAAAUCUCUCUGAACCAAACAUUUUGGUAUCAGCCCUUUCCAUAACCCAUUACAGUAUUCUACGGUUGGUGUGUUAGCACCUCAAAUCAAAUUGUAUUGGUCACAUGCGCCGAAUACAACAGGUGCAGACAUUACAGUGAAAUGCUUACUUACAGCCCUUAACCAACAGUGCAUUUAUUUUUAACAAAAAAAGUAAAAAUAUAACAACAAAAAAAGUGUUGAGAAAAAAAAGAGCAGAAGUAAAAUAAAGUGACAGUAGGGAGGCUAUAUAUACAGGGGGGUACCGUUGCAGAGUCAAUGUGCGGGGGCACCGGCUAGUUGAGGUAGUUGAGGUAAUAUGUACAUGUGGGUAGAGUUAAAGUGACUAUGCAUAAAUAAUUAACAGAGUAGCAGCAGCGUAAAAAGGAUGGGGUGGGGGGGCAGUGCAAAUAGUCCGGGUAGCCAUGAUUAGCUGUUCAGGAGUCUUAUGGCUUGGGGGUAGAAGCUGUUGAGAAGUCUUUUGGACCUAGACUUGGCACUCCGGUACCGCUUGCCGUGCGGUAGCAGAGAGAACAGUCUAUGACUAGGGUGGCUGGAGUCUUUGACAAUUUUGAGGGCCUUCCUCUGACACCGCCUGGUAUAGAGGUCCUGGAUGGCAGGAAGCUUGGCCCCAGUGAUGUGCUGGGCCGUACUCACUACCCUCUGUAGUGCCUUGCGGUCGGAGGCCAAGCAGUUGCCAUACCAGGCGGUGAUGAACCAGUCAGGAUGCUCUCGAUGGUGCAGCUGUAGAAUUUUUUGACGAUCUGAGGACCCAUGCCAAAUCUUUUCAGUCUCCUGAGGGGGAAUAGGCUUUGUCGUGCCCUCUUCACGACUGUCUUGGUGUGUUUGGACCAUGAUGUCUCCUGAGUGGCGCAGUGGUCUAAGGCACUGCAUCGCAGUGCUAACUGUGCCACUAGAGAUCCUGGUUCGAAUCCAGGCUCUGUCGCAGCCGGCCGCGACCGGGAGACUCAUGGGCGGCGCACAAUUGGCCCAGCGUCGUCCAGGGUAGGGGAGGGAAUGGCCGGCAGGGAUGUAGCUCAGUUGAUAGAGCAUGGCGUUUGCAACGCCAGGGUUGUGGGUUCGAUUCCCACGGGGGGCCAGUAUAAAAAAUUAUAAUAUAUAUAUAUUCACUAACUGUAAGUCGCUCUGGAUAAGAGCGUCUGCUAAAUGACUAAAAUGUAAAUGUAAUAGUUCGUUGGUGAUGUGGACACCAAGGAACUUGAACCUCUCAACCUGUUCCACUACAGCCCCGUCGAUGAGAAUGGGGGUGUGAUCAGUCCUCUUUUUAUUCCUGUAGUCCACAAUCAUCUCCUUUGUCUUGGUCACGUUGAGGGAGAGGUUGUUGUCCUGGCACCACACGGCCAGGUCUCUGACCUCCUCCCUAUAGGCUGUCUCAUCGUUGUCGGUGAUCAGGCCUACCACUGUUUUGUCGUCGGCAAACUUAAUGAUGGUGUUGGAGUCGUGCCUGGCCAUGCAGUCAUGGGUGAACAGAGAGUACAGGAGGGGACUGAGCACACACCCCUGAGGGGCCCCCGUGUUGAGGAUCAGUGUGGCAGAUGUGUUGUUACCUACCCUUACCACCUGGGGGCGGCCCGUCAGGAAGUCCAGGAUCCAGUUGCAGAGGGAGGUGUUUAGUCCCAGGAUCCUUAGCUUAGUGAUGAGCUUUGAGGGCACUAUGGUGUUGAAUGCUGAGCUGUAGUCAAUGAAUAGCAUUCUCACGUAGGUGUUCCUCUUGUCCAGGUGGGAAAGGGCAGUGUGGAGUGCAAUAGAGAUUGCAUCAUCUGUGGAUCUGUUGGGGCGGUAUGCAAAUUGGAGUGGGUCUAGGGUUUCUGGGAUUAUGCUGUUGAUGUGAGCCAUGACCAGCCUUUCAAAGCACUUCAUGGCUACAGACGUCAGUGCUACGGGUUGGUAGUCAUUUAGGCAGGUUAUCUUAGAGUCCUUGGGCACGGGGACUAUGGUGGUCUGCUUGAAACAUGUUGGUAUUACAGACUCAGUCAGGGACAUGUUGAAAAUGUCAGUGAAGACACUUGCCAGUUGGUCAGCACAUGCUCGGAAUACACGUCCUGGUAAUCCGUCUGGCCCUGCGGCCUUGUGAAUGUUGACCUGCUUAAAAGUCUUACUCACAUCGGCUACGGAGAGCGUGAUCACAUAGUCAUCCGGAACAGCUGGUGCUCUCAUGCAUGCUUCAGUGUUGCUUGCCUCGAAGCGAGCAUAGAAGUGGUUUAGUUCGUCUGGUAGGCUUGUGUCACUGGGCAGCUCGCGGCUGUGCUUCCCUUUGUAGUCUGUAAUAGUUUUCAAGCCCUGCCACAUCCGACGAGCGUCAGAGCCAGUGUAGUACGAUUCAAUCUUAGUCCUGUAUUGACUCUUUGCCUGUUUGAUGGUUCGUCGGAGGCCAUAGCGGGAUUUCUUAUAAGCGUCCGGGUUAGAGUCCCGUUCCUUGAAAGCGGCAGCUCUACCCUUUAGCUCAGUGCGGAUGUUUCCUGUAAUCCAUGGCUUCUGGUUGGGGUAUGUACGUACGGUCACUGUGGGGACGACAUCAUCGAUGCACUUAUUGAUGAAGCCAGUGACUGAUGUGGUGUACUCCUCAAUGCUGUCUGAAGAAUCCCGGAACAUGUUCCAGUCUGUGCUAGCAAAACAGUCCUGUAGCUUAGCAUCUGCGUCAUCUUACCACUUUUUUAUUAACCGAGUCACUGGUGCUUCCUGCUUUAGUUUAUGCUUAUAAGCAGGAAUCAGGAGGAUAGAGUUAUGGUCAGAUUUGCCAAAUGGAGGGCGAGGGAGAGCUUUGUAUGCGUCUCUGUGUGUGGAGUAAAGGUGGUCUAGAGUUUUUUUUCCUCUGGUUGCACAUUUAACAUGCUGGUAGAAAUUAGGUAGAACGGAUUUAAGUUUCCUGUUGAUUUAUGGCCUUGUACCACUCAUUCAGUGCAAUCUUAAUGCUAGCAUUGGUUUGUGGUGGUAAAUAGACAGCUAUGAAAAAUAUAGAUGAAAACUCUCUUGGUAAAUAGUGUGGUCUAGAGCUUAUCAUAAGAUACUCUACCUCAGGCGAGCAAAACCUCGAGACUUCCUUAGUAUUUGGUUUAGUGCACCAGCUGUUGUUUACAAAUAUACACAGACCGCCACCCCUUGUCUUACCGGAGUCAGCCGUUCUAUCCUGCCGAUGUAGCGUAUAGCGCGCUAGCUGUAUGAUAUCCAUGUCGUCGUUCAGCCACGACUCGGUGAAACAUAAGAUAUUACAGUUUUUAAUGUCCCGUUGGUAGGAUAACCGUAUACUUAAGUCAUCCAAUUUAUUUUCAAAUGAUUGAACGUUGGCUAAUAAGAUUGAUGGAAGAGGCAGUUUACUCGCUCGCCGUCGGAUCCUUACAAGGGACCCCGAUCUACGUUCACGAUAACUCUGUCUCUUCCUCACGCGAAUGACGGGGAUUUGGGCCUUGUCGGGUGUCUGUAUGAUAUCCUUCGCGGCCGCCUCGUUGAAGAAAAAAUAUUCGUCCAAUACGAGGUGAGUAAUCGCUGUCCUGAUAUCCAGAAGCUCUUUUUGGUUAUAAGAGACGAUGGCAGAAACAUUAUGUACAAAAUAAAUUACAAAUAACGCGGAGAAACACACAUAAUAGUACAAUUGGUUAGAGGGCUGUAAAACGGCAGCCAUCUUCUCCGGCGCUAUUUAGGUAAAUCCUGUUGCUGCUAGUGACAUAAGUAUUAAGACUUCCUCUCCUUCAAACGAUUCAUAUUCAACCUUGAUCCCUGUUAAUUCCUCACUUAGAACUACAAAAGUAACAUUAUUAACAUAAAAAAGGCUUACUCCCUGUAGCUCUGAGAGGAUAAUCCACUGCUCCAAAAAAUAAAGGGAACACUUAAACAACACAAUGUAACUCCAAGUCAAUCACACUUCUGUGAAAUCAAACUGUCCACUUAGGAAGCAACACUGAUUGACAAUACAUUUCACAUGCCGUUGUGCAAAUGGAAUAGACAACAGGUUGAAAUUAUAGGCAAUUAGCAAGACACCCCCAAUAAAGAAGUGGUUCUGCAGGUGGUGACCACAGACCACUUCUCAGUUCCUAUGCUUCCUGGCUUAAGUUUUGGUCACUUUUGAAUGCUGGCGGUGCUUUCACUCUAGGGGUAGCAUGAGACGGAGUCUACAACCCACACAAGUGGCUCAGGUAGUGCAGCUCAUCCAGGAUGGCACAUCAAUGCGAGCUGUGGCAAGAAGGUUUGCUGUGUCUGUCAGCGUAGUGUUCAGAGCAUGGAGGCGCUACCAGAAGACAGGCCAGUACAUCAGGAGACGUGGAGGAGGCCGUAGGAGGGCAACAACCCAGCAGCAGGACCGCUACCUCCGCCUUUGUGCAAGGAGGAGCACUGCCAGAGCCCUGCAAAAUGACCUCCAGCAGGCCACAAAUGUGCAUGUCUGCUCAAACGGUCAGAAACAGACUCCAUGAGGGUGGUAUGAGGGCCCGACGUCCACAGGUGGGGGUUGUGCUUACAGCCCAACACCGUACAGGACGUUUGGCAGCAGUUCCUGCAAGAGGAAGGCAUUGAUGCUAUGGACUGGCCCGCCCGUUCCCCAGACCUGAAUCCAAUUGAGCACAUCUGGGACAUCAUGUCUUGCUCCAUCCACCAACGCCACGUUGCACCACAGACUGUCCAGGAGUUGACGGAUGCUUUAGUCCAGGUCUGGGAGGAGAUCCCUCAGGAGACCAUCCGCCACCUCAUCAGGAGCAUGCCCAGGCGUUGUAGGGAGGUCAUACAGGCACGUGGAGGCCACACACACUACUGAGCCUCAUUUUGACUUGUUUUAAGGACAUUACAUCAAAGUUGGAUCAGCCUGUAGUGUGGUUUUCCACUUUAAUUUUGAGGGUGACUCCAAAUCCAGACCUCCAUGGGUUGAUACAUUUGAUUUCCAUUGAUCAUUUUUGUGUGAUUUUGUUGUCAGCACAUUCAACUAUGUAAAGAAAAAAGUAUUUAAUAAGAUUAUUUCAUUCAUUCAGAUCUAGGAUGUGUUAUUUUAGUGUUCCCUUUAUUUUUCUGAGCAGCGUAUAAACAAUGCAUGUCAUCCUCAGACAGAGGAACGUGUUCCAUCGCCUCCAUUUCUAUGUAGACGUCAGUCUUACUAACCUGUCUCUGUGUACGCUUAGGGUGCUGUUCCUUGUCGCUAAGUCUCAUGUUUAUAUUAGUGUUCAUAUAGUCAUGAUUUUAACCUUCCAUUCUCAUUGUCAGAUUUGCUGAACUCGUUAUUGUCAAUAACCAUCUUCUCCCUCAGCUUAGAAUUGUCAAUCACUAGCCCCCCCCCAGAGAUAAAGUCUGUCAGAGUUAUAAGGCCUAUGAUACAUGUUACUGAUACAAUAUCUCCACUCAUACUUCCCAGGGUUUUCUCCAUGACUCCUCCAGAAACUCCUUCCUUUCAUACCUUCACCACCUACAUAUAAUAAAAGAAAAACAAAUACAAAAAAACUAAGAGAUGAUAAUGAAUAUAAGAAUAACACAACACUAUAAUGAAGAUCGAAUCCUAUACAUAUGUCCUCUCAAUUUCAUUCCUUCCCCAACGACUCCGAAGUUGGUGUUUGCCUCGUAGGUGCAACUUUAAGCCUGGAUGCAUGUAUCCACUGUGGUUGACCUCUGACCUUAACUGCUGUACGUGUUACCAGAAGAACCUGCGUUGGACAUCCAUAACGUGGCUCUCCUUGAAUAACCACAGGUUUUCAACUUCGUACCAGAACAUAAUCUCCUGGCUGAAAAUUGUGUAUUGGUUUCUCCACUGGUGAGGGAAGGGAAUCGAUUACCUGUUGAGAAUAUUUGGAAACAAAAGAAAACAAAUGUUGACCAUAAUUUUGUUGCAAAUCCUGUAGCUGUGUCAUAUCCCCCACUGGAUUCUCCUUCAUCAGCGCACCUAGAGGAAAAGGUCUAGCCAUCAACACUUCAUGAGGAGACAAUCCCGUACACGCUUUAGGCAUUGCUCUUCCUCUGUUAACCAUGGUUACCUGCAAGGAAACAUGUGCCGUCAUCAUUGCUUUGCACAGAAAGGGCUUCUCAGGCAAGGAUAUUGCUGCUAGUAAGAUUGCACCUAAAUCAACCAUUUAUCGGAUCAUCAAGAACUUCAAGGAGAGAGGUUCAAUUGUUGUGAAGAAGGCUUCAGGGCGCCCAAGAAAGUCCAGCAAGCGCCAGGACCGUCUCCUAAAGUUGAUUCAGCUGCGGGAUCAGGGCACCACCAGUGCAGAGCUUGCUCAGGAAUGGCAGCAGGCAGGUGUGAGUGCAUCUGCACGCACAGUGAGCCGAAGACUUUUGGAGGAUGACCUGGUGUCAAGAAGGGCAGUGAGGAAGCAACUUCUCUCCAGGAAAAACAUCAGGGACAGACUGAUAUUCUGCAAAAGGUACAGGGAUUGGACUGCUGAGUACUGGGGUAAAGUCAUUUUCUCUGAAUCCCCUUUCCGAUUGUUUGGGGCAUCCGGAAAAAAGCUUGUCUGGAGAAGACAAGGUGAGCGCUACCAUCAGUCCUGUGUCAUGCCAACAGUAAAGCAUCCUGAGACCAUUCAUGUGUGGGGUUGCUUCUCAGCCAAGAGAGUGGGCUCACUCACAAUUUUGCCUAAGAACACAGCCAUGAAUAAAGAAUGGUACCAACACAUCCUCCGAGAGCAACUUCUCCCAACCAUCCAAGAACAGUUUGGUGAUGAACAAUGUAUUUUCCAGCAUGAUGGAGCACCUUGCCAUAAGGCAAAAGUGAUAACUAAGUGGCUCGGGGAACAAAACUUCGAAAUGUUGGGUCCAUGGCCAGGAAACUCCCCAGACCUUAAUCCCAUUGAGAACUUGUGGUCAAUCCUCAAGAAGCUGGUGGACAAACAAAACCCCACAAAUUCGGACAAACUCCAAGCGUUGAUUAUGCAAGAAUGGGCUGCCAUCAGUCAGGAUGUGGCCCAGAAGUUAAUUGACAGCAUGCCAGGGCGGAUUGCAGAGGUCUUGAAAAAGAAGGGUCAACACUGCAAAUAUUGACUCUUUGCAUAAACUUAAUGUAAUUGUCAAUAAAAGCCUUUGACACUUAUGGAAUGCUUGUAAUUAUACUUCAGUAUACCAUAGUAACAUCUGACAAAAAUAUCUCAUAACACUGAAGCAGCAAACUUUGUGAAGACCAAUACUUGUGUCAUUCUCAAAACUUUUGACCACGACUGUAUAUGGUGACAGUUUUAUUCGCAUCAUAAUUACAUGCUCCUGUUAACGCAAUUAAUUCAGCAGCCUGAGCUGAUGACACUGGUAUUUUAUAUGCUUCAAUGCACUUUCCUUCAUUAUCCACUACAGAAAAUCCUGAUAAUACCGUUUUAUCAUCUGGUCUCAGAUGGCGGCAGGUAGCUUAGUGGGUAAGAGCGUUGUGCCAGUAACCGAAAUGUUCAGUACUGCAGACCUUGGUUGGCUGAUUACGCAGUGUAUGAUUCGAUACUGCGCUGUGCAUAGGCCUCAAACCCAUUCUUUAUGAUGAUUCUUACACACCAAAGGACUCAAACCUGACACUUGAUCACACUUUAUGAUUUCUUACACAUUUAAAAAACCCUACGCCCAAUCUUGUUAAACCCACUCUCCUUCUCCUCUGUUUUUACUCAUUACUCUGAACACACCCUGUUUUGAAUCAUAGCACCAUGUCAUUGUCUAAUUUGCUAUUUCUUCUUACAUGUGUUGACAUACUCGAAUACCACUCAUCUAUUCCCCUCAAAUAAAUAUUACAUUUUAAAUGUUCGUCACAGCUCAGCUUUACCACAGAUAAGCAGAAUUUAACAUAGUACAAAAAUGAAAGUGUGCUUACCUGUCGGCUCAACCGUAUCCUGUUCUUUUAGACGCCAAUCUGUUAUGAUGAGUUUCUCCGGUAGCAAGUAAUUCAGGAUGCAAGAGAAUAGUUAAACACUAAGAUGGAGAGUUGAUACAAAGUAUUUCAUAUUACGGUACAGGAUUCAACAUGACAAGCGGCACGUGAGUAGCCUAUUGUCAUUCGAAGGACUGUCAGUUGAAGUCGGAAGUUUACAUACACCUUAGCCAAAUACAUUUAAACUCAGUUUUUCACAAUUCCUGACAUUUAAUCCUAGUAAAAAUUCCCUGUCUUAGGUCAGUUAGGAUCACCACUUUUUUUUUAAGAAUGUGAAAUGUCAUAAUAAUAGUAGAGAUUUAUUUCAGCUUUUAUUUAUUUCAUCACAUUCCCAGUGGGUCAGAAGUUUACAUACACUCAAUUAGUAUUUGGUAGCAUUGCCGUUAAAUUGUUUAACUUGGGUAAAAUGUUUCGGGUAGCCUUCCACAAGCUUCCCACAAUAAGUUGGGUGAAUUUUGGCCCAUUCCUCCUGACAGAGCUUGUGUAACUGAGUCAGGCUUGUAGGCCUCCUUGCUCGCACACGCUUUUUCAGUUCGGCCCACAAAUGUUCUAUAGGAUUGAGGUCAGGGCUUUGUGAUGGCCACUCCAAUACCUUGACUUUGUUAUCCUUAAGCCAUUUUGCCACAACUUUGGAAGUAUGCUUGGGGUCAUUGUCCAUUUGGAAGACCCAUUUGCGACCAAGCUUCAACUUCCUGAUUGAUGUCUUGAGUUUCUGCCUAUAGGAAGGGAGGAGCAAAAUGGAGUUGUGGUCAGAUUUGCCAAAAGGAGGACGGGGGAGGGCCUUAUAACCAUCCCGGGAAGUUCGAAUAGCAAUGGUCGAAGAUUUUAGCAGCCCGAGUACAACAGUUGAUAUGUUGAAAGAACUGUUGCAGCCUAGUCCUCAAACUUGCAGCCUCAGGAUAUGUGGUUUCCAGUUUGCAUUAAGUCCAGUAAAGUUCUUUGAGGGCCGUCGUGGUAUCGGCUUGAGGGGGGAUAUACACGGCCGUGACUAUAACCGAAGAAAAGUCUUGUGGGAGAUAAUACGGUCAGCAUUUGAUUGUGAGGUAUUCUAGGUCGGGUGAACAGAAGGACUUGAGUUCCUGUAUGUUACUACAAUUACACCAUGAAUCGUUUAUCAUGAAACACACACCUCUGCCCUUCUGCUACCCGGAGAGAGAUUUAUUUCUGUCUGUGUGAUGAACUGAGAACCCAUCUGGCUGGACCGAUUUCGACAGAAUAUCAUAUAUUUCUGUGAAACAAAGUAUGUUACAGGCCCUGAAGUCUCUCUGAAAAUAAAUCCUUGCCCUGAGCUCGUCGACUUUGUCAUCCAAAGACUGAACAGUAGCGAGUAAUAUACUUGGAAGCGGUGGGUGGUGUGCGUGCCUCCUAAGUCGAACCAGCAGGCCGCUCCGAGUGCCUCUCCUCUGCCGGCGAUGUUUUGGGUCAGCCACUGGAAUCAGUUAAAUUGCCCUGGGGAGAGCAAACAAAGGAUCUGUUUCGGGAUAGUCGUAUUCCUGGUCGUAAUGCUGGUAGUUCUGGUGAGUUAUCGGUGCUCUGAUAUCCAGUAGUUUUUCCUGGCUGUACGUAAUGAUACAAAACCAUUUCUGAGCUAAUAAUGUAAAAAAUAAUACAUAAACAAACAACAAGUUUCCUAAGAGCUAGUCGCGAUUCCGUCUUCGUCGGCGCCAGUUGGUUGUCAUGUGUCUGUGUGGAUAACAGUGAUGGGUGGACUGGAGGAGGUGUGAAGUCAACGUGUGUAAUGUGAGAGGAAAGGAAAGGAGAGAUUGGACUGGAUAAUAUAACAUACUGUCCAUCCAUCAAUCCCUUAUCCAAUCUCCCUAGACAGUGGAGGAGAGGAGAGGAGAAAGGAAAUUAAAGGAGACAUCAGACAGAAUAAUAGAACAUUAUACUCCCUCCAUCAGCUCGGUAGGAGUCAAAGAUGAGGAUCUCUUCAUCCAUCCAGUACAUCCCCUUCAAGCUGCUGUCCUCUGUCUGUCCUAUAGCUAUCCCCUGCUGCCCAGUAAAUCCCUUGUCUAAUCCCUAUAGGCUGGUAGGCUCAGCGUGCAGCCCCACACUGUUAAUUAAAUCUAAAGGUUAUCUCUCCUUAAGGAGCGACAACACUGUCCUGCUAAAUGAUUGGUUGGUACGCUUGACAAGGUUUAUUGAGAAUCUCUUGUCCUCCAAAGAGCGCCAUUACAAUGCUGUUGUCAUGUGAGAUGUGGAUUUUUCUCUCUCUCUCUGUCUCGCUCGCUCUCUCUGUCGCUCUCUCUCUGUGUUCUCAGUGUGAAGGACGGGGGGGUAUGAGAGGUCAUCCACAGUGCAGGGACGGAGGGGGGAUGAGAUGUCAUCCACAGUGCAGGGAUGAGGGGGGAUGAGAUGUCCUCUACAGUGCAGGGACGGAGGGGAUGAGAUGUCCUCCACAGUGCAGGGAUGAGAUGUCCUCUACAGUGCAGGGACGGAGGGGAUGAGAUGUCCUCCACAGUGCAGGGAUGAGAUGUCCUCUACAGUGCAGGGACGAGGGGGGAUGAGAUGUCCUCUACAGUGCAGGGACGAGGGGGGAUGAGAUGUCCUCCACAGUGCAGGGACGAGGGGGAGGGGGGGGGGGGUGUGAGGUUCUCUCACCCCCCGUCCCUGCACUGUGGAGGACUCUCAAGACCUGACGUCACGCUUCACCCACAGUCUCUGACACUUCCUGCUUCACCCACGGUCUCUGACACA